GCUAGUUCGUCCGCGGUCUCCCGACUGGACGAAGAGUUCGUCCUUUUCACGAACUUAAUCACCGACAAGGUGGUUUCUAUUUAUUUAUUUAUUUUAUUUUAUUUUUAUUUCGUAUCGUGGACCGACCAGUGAAACAAGCCAACAUUGGACUACGGAUACACGGAAGGAUCGUGGCUGAAGGAGGCUGCUGUCAGCCAUGGGGACGGCCAAGAUGAAACAUCUUUGGCCGUUGGUGGCGUGGAUACUUCUAUUCCUAUGUCCAGCCGAAUCUCUGAGAGGACUCGGCCACGGACUAAGGAGAGAAGUGUUCUUCCUGAACCUCGAAGACGGCUACUUCGGCUGUCAGGUAAACGAAUCGACGGACAUCCUACAGCUACUGGAACUCUCCAAACUGUGCGACAACAACGUCGACUGUUACCAAGGGACGGACGAGCAACGCGAGAGAUUAAAAUGCACAGACGAUUGUACCAAGGAGGACGGCACCAGGUGUCUGAAUGGCGUCUGCUUGGACUCCGUGUGCCAUUGCAACGACGGUUUUGGUGGUUGCAAUUGCCAGGUGCCAGACGAGAACGAGUGCAAAUACCGUCCCUGUGAUAUAUUCGCGCAUUGCACGAAUACUCUUGGUAGUUUCCAAUGUUCCUGUUUUCCUGGUUAUCAAGGCGAUGGUUUCCAUUGCGAAGAUAUCAACGAGUGUGAUAACCCGGUACUUGCUGCGAGAUGCGUGGAAAACGCCGAAUGUUGCAAUCUCCCAUCGCAUUUCCUAUGCAAAUGCAAACCUGGCUACAUCGGCGACGGCGAGGUGCAUUGCGAGGAUGUGAACGAGUGCGCGAUAUCUGGAGCGUGUGGUGAUAAUACGGUCUGCAACAAUAUUCCGGGGAACUACACUUGUGCCUGUCAACCUGGGUUCACGGGAGACCCCUACGAAACUUGUAUCGAUAUCAACGAAUGCGAUUACGCGGGUGCUUGCGGAAGGGGUGCCUUGUGCGUCAAUCUUCCGGGCGCCCACAAAUGCGAAUGUCCCGAGGGAUAUAACGGCGAUCCUGAAGAAGAAUGCGUGGACGUCGACGAAUGUCUGCGCAGUCCUUGCGGUCGUUCAGCUCAGUGCACAAACGUGCAUGGCAGUUUCCGCUGCUCUUGCCCGGAAGGAAUGAGCGGCGAUCCUUGGGUAGGCUGUCACGAUAUAAACGAAUGCGAGGAGGGUACACCGUGCGGCUCGGAUGCUGAGUGCGUGAACACAGAGGGUAGUUUCGAGUGCAGAUGUCAGGCAGGCUAUCAAAUGGAUGAAACGCAUGGUUGCAUCGAUGUGAACGAGUGCAGCCGGUUGGAUGCAUGCGCGGAGAACGCAAGAUGCAUCAACGUACCAGGAUCGUAUAAGUGCAUCUGCCCCCAAGGCUUCAUCGGUCAAGGACUAACAUUAUGCGAAAACGUGAACGAAUGCGAGAGAAAUCCUUGCGGCGAAAAUGCUGAAUGCAGCGACACGAUCGGCAGUUUCGUAUGCAGUUGCAAGGCGGACUACACUGGGGAUCCGUUUAAGGGAUGCAGCGAUAUCGACGAAUGCACAGCAUUAGAGAACCCUUGUGGAAGGUAUGCGAUUUGCAAGAACACGGAACCUGGUUACAAUUGCGUCUGUCCACCGGGAUAUAGUGCCAAUCCCAAUCCGACAGUCGCUUGUGAACAGACCGACGUGACAACACUUUGCAAAUCAAACUUCGACUGUGUGAACAACGCCGAGUGUAUCGAAGGUCAGUGCUUCUGCAAGGACGGAUUUAAAGCUAUUGGAGCCGAAUGUGUGGACGUUGACGAAUGUCUUUCGAACCCUUGUGGACCUGCAUCGAUUUGCAGCAACACUAGGGGCAGUUAUCACUGCGAAUGCGAAUCUGGCUUCGUUGGAACUCCGCCACAUAUACCUUGUAAAGCACCGUGUGACGAAGUAACUUGUGGAGAUCAUGCGUACUGCAAGGCAGAUGGUCACGAAGCUUAUUGUAUCUGCGAGGAUGGUUGGACUUUUAAUCCGAAUGACAUUGCAGCUGGAUGUGUUGAUAUAAACGAAUGUGACGCGAUAAAUGGUCCUUCGGGACGUUGCGGUAAAAAUGCCAUCUGUACCAAUACUCUGGGUGGAUUUAGUUGUCAGUGCAAACCUGGAUUUUCUGGGAACGCCUUCAAACAAUGCAUGGACAUAGACGAAUGUGGCAGACCAGAUGCCUGUGGUCACGGGGCCACAUGCACCAACACCGAGGGAUCUUAUUCGUGCACCUGUCCAGAAGGGACCAUUCCAGAUCCUGAUCCUUACAUCAAGUGUGUGGGCAUAGUUACCUGCGAAGUCGAUGGUGAUUGCCCCGGAAACGCCAUUUGUGAUCCACAGAAACGUUGCCUGUGCCCAGAACCCAACGUCGGAAACGACUGUAGACAUCCGUGCGAAGACUUAUCUUGCGGACCAAACGCCCACUGUAUGCUGUCAAACGACGUGGCCACGUGUUUGUGUCGCAGUGGUUACACAGGAAAGCCAGGAGUGAAGGGCGGUUGCAGAGACAUUGACGAAUGCGCCAUUAAUCCGUGUCCUCAAGGAGCGAUCUGUAAUAACGAGCCAGGAUCCUUUUCCUGUCAAUGUCCCAGUGGCACCACGGGUGAUCCUUACAGUGGUGGUUGUCAAGAAUCGAAGGCUCCUCAUGUAUGCGGACCAAGUACUCCGUGUCCUGCCGGAGAACAGUGCAUCAAGGAUGAAUUUGUGGGGAGCAGCGUUUGUAUUUGUCAGAGAGGAUAUACUAGGGAUCAUGAAUCUGGUAAAUGUAGAGACAUCAACGAAUGUAUGGAACUCAGAGAUAAACCUGCCUGCGGUGUUAACGCCAUUUGUAAGAAUUUACCUGGAAGCUACGAGUGCCAGUGCCCGCCUGGAUUUAAUGGAAAUCCGUUCUCCCUUUGCGAAGAAUGCAACAGUAUCGAGUGUCAAUGCCAGCCUCCGUAUAAGAUCGUCAAUGGGAAAUGUAUGUUGGCCGGAUGUUCCAAGGGAGAAAAAUGUCCCAGUGGUGCAGAAUGUAUCACCAUUGCUGGAGGAGUCAGCUACUGCGCUUGUCCCAAGGGUUACACUACCAAGGCUGAUGGUUCUUGCGAAGAUAUAAACGAGUGUAUCGUUGGACACCAAGUAUGUGGCUACGGAGCAGAAUGCGUAAACCUGCCAGGAUCUCAUCAAUGUGUUUGUCCACACGGUUAUGGCGGAGACCCAUACAACGGUCUGUGUUCUCCGGCUCAGAAAAGAUGCACAAGCGACAACGAGUGUAAAGCCAAUGAGAAAUGCGUGCAGCCUGGUGAAUGUGUUUGUCCACCGCCAUUUUACACGGAUCCUCUCGAUGGAAACCUUUGCAAGAAUCCUUGUGACCGGUUCCCAUGCGGUAUAAACGCAAAAUGUACACCAAGCGAUCCACCGAGAUGUAUGUGCGAGGCUGGUUACGAAGGUGAUCCUCAACACGGUUGUGUGGACGUGAACGAGUGUGCUAAUAAUCCCUGUGGUCACGGUGCCUACUGUAUUAACACCAAGGGUGAUCACAUUUGCGAGUGUCCAAAGGGAACAGUGGGCGAUCCUUACGGCGGUGGUUGUACUAGAGUCGCUGUGACUAAGAACGAAUGUUCUUCUAACGACGAUUGCGACAAUAUCUUUGCUUGUGUCAAUGGAAGAUGCGUGAAUCCUUGUGACAAUAUACCUUGUGGACCAAACGCAUACUGCGAGCCUGAUAAACAUGCUGCAUGGUGUCGAUGUGUAAUUGGAUUUGUGGAAGGCAAGAACAACGAAUGUGUUUCACAGUGCGAUGGUUUCGUGUGUGGCUCUGGAGCACAGUGUAUCGUGAGUUAUAGUGGACCAACGUGCAAAUGUAUCGAAGGUUUCAUGGGGAAUCCGUUCCCUGGUGGUCAGUGUCAACCGGACGUUUGUUCUCCAGAAGUUCCCUGCGCAGAACCAAGCGUGUGCAUAAGUGGAAGGUGUAAACGUCGAUGCGAAGGCAUAGUCUGCGGGGUUGGUGCAUCUUGUGAUCCAGCGACGAAUAAAUGCGUGUGCAAUCCUUAUUUCAUUGGAAAUCCGGAUCUCCUCUGUAUGCCACCGAUUAAUCCAGCUGUCUGUGAUCCUGCUUGUGGCUCUAACGCUCACUGUGAAUAUACGUUGCAAGAAUCUAAGUGUGUGUGCAAUCCUGGUACCAGUGGAAAUCCAUAUCAUGGUUGUGGUGUGCAACAAAAAUCUGACUGCUCCACUGCUUUGUGUGGCAAAGAUGCACAUUGUAAUGCUGGACCGAAUGCUGUUGAAUGUUUGUGUCCGCCUGGAUACGCUGGAAAUCCAUAUAUUCAGUGUCAUGAUAUCAACGAGUGUAAUGGAAAUGCUUGCGGAAGCAACGCAGUAUGCAUCAACACUAUCGGCAGCUACGACUGUCGCUGUAAAGAAAGUUACUUCGGCAAUCCCUUCAUCGGUUGCCAACAGGUCCAGGUCGGUCCUUGCACCGAUCCAUCAAGCUGCACUUGCAGUGACUCGGUACCUUGUCCAUUCGACUACAGCUGCGUGUCUGGCAAAUGCAUAAAUCGCUGUAGCGAUGUCAAAUGCGGACCCAGAUCAGUCUGCCAGGAUGGAGCUUGCGUGUGUCCACCUGGUUAUAGUGGCAACCCCAACGACUUGACUAAAGGUUGUUAUCUUCACGGUCACUGCUCUAACGAUCUCGAUUGCGAACCUCAACAGAUCUGCUUCCAAGUUGGGAAAGGUGUUAGGAAAUGCGUAGACGCGUGCAGCAAGUUACAGUGUGGUCCAAACGCAUUGUGUAUCACCCAGAAUCAUGUGUCUUCGUGUCUCUGCGUCGAUGGAUACAAGGGAAAUCCUAGCAAUCUUGUAGAAGGCUGUGAACCAUUUAAAUCAGCGGUAACACCAAGAUGUGAACACGAUUCAGAUUGUUCUGAAGGCUCUUCCUGUAUUCUUCUGGACGGUGGUGUUCGCGAAUGUGUAAAUCCAUGUAGCAAAGUAGUCUGUGGUGCUCACCAGAAGUGCGAGCCUGAUAUAAUCCCUGGUCACGCUACCUGCAAGUGUCAAGAUGGCUACGAAUGGAAUCCGAUACUAUCCUCCUGCGAAAAACCAUCUGUCCCUGAUUGUAUCUCUGACGAUGAUUGUCACACUACAGAAGCUUGUAGGCCAGACGCUCUUGGUGUAUUAAAGUGUGUCUCUAUUUGUAAAAGUUUCACCUGUGCGAUUAACUCCCAGUGCAUGGCGGAGAGACAUCGAGGUCGCUGUGAAUGUUUGCCUGGUUUCAUCGGCAAUCCAAACGAUCGUCAAGGGUGUCAAAUACCUAGGAAAGACCAGUGUUCCACUGACAGCGAGUGUCCAGAGGAUCAAACCUGUAGGAGCACCAAAGAAGGUCUUCUGACCUGUCAACCAGUCUGCAAUUUCGUUUCGUGCGGUCCAAAUGCUUUGUGUGUGGUGCAUAAUCACGUAGCUAAUUGUGAAUGUCCACCUGGCCUCUACGCUGGUGAUCCCAAUGACGUUGUAAAAGGAUGUCGAGCUGUUCCAUGCGUGUAUAACAUCGACUGUCCACCCACUCAGCUUUGCAAUAGAUUGACGCACACUUGUUACGAUGCCUGUGAUGAAAAUGCUUGCGGUGUGAACGCUGUUUGCAUCGCGGAUGAUCAUAGGGCAAUUUGUCAGUGUCCUCCAGGGCUGAAGCCUAAUCCUGUUCCUGACGUCGAGUGCGUUCCUCUUGAAGCUUGUCAUCCGAAUCCUUGCCAUGAAACAGCUCUCUGUGUUCCUGGACCAUCCAGCAACCCUGUUUGUCAGUGUCCACCGAAUUUUGUCGGGGAUCCUUAUGUGAAAGGCUGUCAACCGGAAGGAUAUUGCGCCAGUGUCAAGGAUUGUCCUGUGCAUUCCAUUUGUCACAAUAAUCGAUGCGCCAAUCCUUGUGAAAACGCCUGUGGACUGAAUUCUAUUUGCGAUAUUAUCAAUGGUCAACCCACUUGCAAGUGUAUUCAUAAAUUUAUUCCAUCUUCGAAGGGCCCGCAGGAUGGUUGCGUUCGUGCCACGAAUUAUUGCAACGUCGACGCUGAUUGCGUGGAGAGCAUCUGCCUUGAAGGACAGUGUAUAGCUGUUUGUCGAGCGAUUACCGACUGCUCUGCUGGUGAAAAGUGUGUGGAUAGUAAGUGUAUGAUACCUUGUGUUACUCAUACACAGUGUCAGACUGAUCAGGCUUGCGUUAACGGAAUGUGCAUUUUGGGAUGUCGAAGCAAUAAGAACUGUCCUUCGACGGAAUCCUGUAUCGACAACAAGUGUCAAGAUCCAUGCAAGGGAAAAGACGUUUGCGGUCCAAACGCGAUCUGCAGCUGCACAGAUCACGCUACCACUUGCACCUGUCCCCUUGGAUUCCACGGAAAUCCCACACCUCAACAAGGUUGCGUCAGAGUGCCGAAUAUCUGCGAAGGUCCUCAAGACUGCCCCAGUCAGCAUCUGUGUGUCUCUGGAUUCUGUCAAUGUCAAUGCAGCGAACAGGACAACUGUGCCGAAGGAGAACGCUGCAAGAACGGAAUAUGCAUGAAAGUGUGCUACGGCGACAGUAAUUGUUUGCCAGGUGAAUUGUGCAUCGAUGGAGUUUGCGAAGUAGGUUGCACUUCUGAUGUUGGUUGCAACGAGAACGAGGUGUGCAUCAACAACAAAUGCAAAUGUAGCCACGGAUUCAUUGCUGGGCCAGAACACUGUCUAGACAUCAACGAGUGUGACGAUCAACCGUGUCACUCGAGCGCAGAGUGCGUCAAUCUUCAUGGAUCUUAUCGCUGCGUCUGUCCACAAGGCACAGCUGGUGAUCCUGUGGGAACAGGUUGUGUAAUUCCUCACCAGUGCACCGUACACGCAGAUUGUGCCGAUUCACAGGCUUGCGUCCAACAUAAUUGCACCGAUCCUUGCUCUCUGGUUGACUGUGGUCUCAACACUAUUUGCUCCGUUUUGGAUCACACGGCUGCCUGUCAAUGUCAGCCUGGUUACAUUGGGGACUCUUCAGGGUGCUUCAAAGUGGAAUGUCUUUCUAACAACGAUUGUUCUAUAGACAAAUACUGCAAUCAAGAUACUAACAAAUGCAGCAGUCCUUGUAAUCAAGUGGACUGUGGAUACGGCAACUGCAUAGCGUCCGAUCAUUCUGGAGUAUGCAAAUGUUAUCCUGGUUUCGAGCUAGCGGGUGACAUUUGCGUAGACAUUGACGAAUGUUUGAAGAAUCCUUGUCAUUCCUCUGCGGUUUGUCAAAACACGGAAGGCUCUUACGCUUGCAUCUGUCCUCAUGGUUUGGUCGGAGAUCCUUUUAAAUCUGGUUGCAAACAACCGGGAGACUGCUUCACGGACCUUGAUUGCCCAAAUACAGCUGCUUGCAUUGAUAAUAGAUGCACCAAUCCUUGCGACGUAUCACCGGAUAGUCAUUCGUGCGGAAGAAACGCCGAAUGUUUCGUUCAUGAUCACGUUCCACUUUGCAGAUGUCCUGAUCAGACCACUGGCAAUCCGACAACGGAAUGUAUUCACUUAGAAUGCAACUAUCACAGCGACUGCAGUCCUUCCGACGCGUGUUACAAUCACAAGUGCGUCGAUCCUUGUUCUCUUGCAAACGUAUGUGGACAAGGAGCAGAUUGCUCUUCUUUAAAUCACAGUGCAGUGUGCACGUGUCAACCUGGCGGUACUGGCGAUCCUAAUUUAGGUUGUACACCUGUCCAAUAUUGUAAAUCGGACUCCCAAUGUGCUACUGGUUCAGCUUGCAAUGGAGGAAUAUGCACUGCCCUUUGUGGAAGCACGAGGGAUUGUAUCGGCGACCAGCUUUGCAUCAAUGGUCUCUGUCAGCCCACCUGCAAGAGCAACUCCAGUUGCCCCGAGUACCAAUACUGUAACAACAACAUCUGUGUGCAAGAAUUACGUUGCAUAUCCGACGAUGACUGUUCUCACGACGAAAGAUGCAUCAAGAACAACAUUGGACAAGCAGAAUGUCAGAAAGCUUGCGAUCUGCUCCUCUGUGGACGCAACGCCGAAUGCAAAGCGGAUAAUCACGUUGGAGUUUGCUCUUGCAAGCCUGGAUUCUUCGGAAAUGCGAAAGACGACAAGAUUGGAUGCCAAUCUAUCGAAUGUGAGGUCAACGACGACUGCAGCGGAGAGAAGAUUUGUGACGCGCACAAGUGCAGGAUCGCUUGUUUAGCUCACAAUCCUUGUGGCGUCAAUGCUAUUUGCACAGCAGAGAAACACGUUCAAAUUUGUACGUGUCAACCGGGCUACACUGGAGAACCAACUCAUGCAUGUCAAUUGAUAGAUUAUUGUUCGGAUCAACCUUGCGCACCUGGUGCUGUGUGUGAAAAUUCUAGAGGGUCCUAUAGGUGUCACUGUCAACAGGGAAUGGUUGGAGAUCCUUAUAAUAGCGGUUGUCAGCCACCGGUAGAAUGUCUGCAGGACGGAGACUGCCCACUGACUGCAAAAUGUAUAAACGUCAACAACGUACCCAAAUGUUUCGAUGUCUGUUCACGUACACAGUGUGGACCAAACGCAGACUGUGUGGCCACUAAUCACGCAGGAGCCUGUCAGUGCCGGUCCGAUUACGAGGGUGAUCCGAACAACCUAAGUAUAGGCUGUCGACCUAAACCGGUUGUUUGCACGUCAGCCGUGGACUGUUCGCCCAAUACCUACUGUUACGAGGGGAUCUGUCGACCAUCUUGUCAAUCGGACGAAGAAUGCAACCUGUCAGAUGUGUGUCUCAAUGGACAAUGCUUGGAUCCUUGUAACGUGAAGGCCGCGUGCGGAAUAAAUGCGGAAUGCAACGUGAAGAGUCACAUUAAACAAUGCAGCUGUCCACCUGGGUUCACCGGUAACUCGGAAGUGGAAUGUGUCAGAUUACCUGUGUCCUGCAGAGACACCAACGACUGUAACGAUGGCAAUACUUGUCGCGACAACGUGUGUCUUCCAAUCUGCACUAGUGACAACGAGUGCGCCUUCAACGAAAAAUGCAUCCAAGGAAAUUGCCUUCUCACCUGCAGACUCGACAACGAUUGUUUCUUGGGUCACAUCUGUCUGCACAACAUGUGUGCGUUUGGUUGUCGCGCGGACGAGGACUGCAACGCGAACGAAGCUUGCAUCACGAACAAAUGCAUCAAUCCUUGCGAAGCCACUCCUUGCGGGCCAAACGCUAAAUGCACAGUAUUUAAUCAACGAGCCACCUGUUCGUGUCCAGCAGGCUUCAUGCCGAAUCCAACUGCAAAAGUGGCUUGUUUAAGAUCGCCUGGACCCGUUUGUCAAGCGAACAGGGACUGUGCGACAGGAACAGCUUGCAUUGGAGGACUGUGCACUCCUGUCUGUUCGACAGACUUAAAUUGUUUGAGUAACGAACGUUGUGACCCUUCGGGAAUCUGUAAAUCGUUGUGUAGAAGAGACGAAGAUUGUAGAAGCGGAGAGAUUUGCGAGGGAUUGGUUUGUGUCAUUGGAUGUCGCGCUGACGUGGAGUGCCAGGAGAAUUUCGCUUGUUUGAACAACCAGUGUCAAGAUCCUUGCUCUCUUCCUGAUGUUUGCGGAGUGAACGCCAAGUGUGCGGUCGUAAAUCAUCAGAAACAUUGUUCGUGUCCGGCACCAUUAGUCGGCGAUCCUCUAAUUGGUUGCAAACAGGCCUUCCUGCCUUGUAGCAACGAAGAGGAAUGCGUUACUGGUCAGACUUGUUACGGAAGAUCUUGUUACGCCACGUGUAGAAGCGACGCUAAUUGUCUAAGCGACGAACGUUGCGACGGAGGAAUUUGCAAGGCCAUUUGCAACAGUGACGAUCAUUGCGUGGCUAAUCAGAUCUGUCAAAAUAGGCUGUGUGACAUCGGAUGUCGUAGCGAUAAUACUUGUCCCAACGACGAGUCCUGCGUGAACAAUAAGUGUAAAAAUCCUUGUGAGGGUGGCAAGGCUUGCGGAGAAUGUGCCGGUUGCCGCGUUGUAAAUCACGUGGCACAAUGUAGUUGCCCAGCCAAUUAUUAUGGAAACGCUUUGAUCAGUUGCGCGAAAUCUAUGAUUCCCUGUGAUGGCACUUGCGAGUGUGACGAAAUUGGUUUCUGUACGAAGAGCUGCUAUAGUCAGGAUCAAUGUUCUUGCGGGGAAGUUUGUCACUCCGAAAAGUGUCGCAUCAAGUGCGAUGUUAACAACUAUUGUCCGAAGGGAUACGUUUGCGACCAAGGACUAUGCCUCAUUGGUUGCCGCACUUAUUCCGACUGUCCUUCCUCCUUAUCCUGUGUCAGUGGUCAGUGCGAGGAUCCGUGCUCAGCUAAUGGAUCUCCCUGUGGAACCAACGCACUGUGUCGUGUUUCGAAUCACAGAGCAGUAUGCUUAUGCCCAGAAGGAUACCAGGGAGAACCCAGUCAAGAAUGUUACCAAUUGGAAUGCCAUCAUGACGACGACUGCGAGGCCAACAAACGAUGCAGCGAGGAUGGCGUUUGCACAAAUCCUUGCUUGCAACAUGGUGUCUGCGGCUUCAAUGCACAGUGCAGAGUAGUUAACAGGAAGGCUCAGUGCUCUUGUCCACCUGGACACUACGGAAAUCCUAAGAUCAACUGUAAGAAAGGUGGAGACGAGUGCUUAAGGAGACCGUGCGGCGUGAAUGCGAAGUGCAGAGAGACUCUGAAUGGAUUCGAGUGUACUUGCGAUCCUGGAUGCCACGGAGAUCCUCAUCAAGCUUGCAUCUGCGACGGAGGAGAGCUGUGCAAGGAUAUGCGUUGCGGAGCGAACGCUGCAUGCAGGAUUUAUAAGAAUCAACCACAGUGCUACUGUCCAUCUAAUUAUCCGUCCGGAGAUCCGACGCAGGCGUGUAGCGCAGAGAAGAGUUUAGACUGUCGCACGAAUGGUUGCGGUAAAGGGGCUGAAUGCAUACGAGACGGUGCGAUAUUCGUAUGCAGAUGUCCACCGGGUACCAGUGGAUCACCGGAUAUCGAGUGCACCACAGAGCGCGAAUGCACCAGCGACCUAGAGUGCCCCAAUGAAAAAGCCUGCAUAAACCUGCAAUGCGUGGACCCGUGCGGUCUCCGCGGUGCCUGUGGAAUCAACGCCCUGUGUCGUGUGGUUCUGCACAAGCCACGAUGUUCCUGCCCUCAGUGUUAUAUCGGUAUGCCUCACACGGCCUGUCAUCCAGACCCCAAAUGCGAAACGCUGAAUCCCAGACCUACGCCGAACAUCGGUUGCUCGUCCGAUCGCGACUGUCCAGAGAGUCUAUCCUGUCAUUCUCGUACCGGAGAGUGUCGUGAUCCGUGUCUAAGUUCACAAUACACCUGCGAAGUAAAUAAGAGAUGCCAGGUGCGGAACCACAGGCCCAUGUGCGUGUGCAAAUACGGAUUCGUCGUGAACGAGGUCGGGGAGCUGACCUGCGCCCCCGACACGUUGACAUGCACGAGGGAUUUCGACUGUCCGUCGAACGCCGCGUGCGUUAAUGGAAAAUGCCAGAAUCCGUGUAACGUGAGAAAGAAAAAGCCGUGUCCGGCUGAUAAAACCUGCGAUGUCCUGGACCACCGUCCCGUCUGCAUAUGCACACAAAACUGCAAUCCCUCCCUCUCCAUUUGCCUGCGAGACAGUGGCUGCUCUCCAGACUUGGCGUGCCGCAACUAUCGCUGCGUGGACCCAUGCAGAAACUCCACCUGUCCGGCUGAUGCCCCCUGUUACGUGGAGGAGCACAAGCCUAUCUGCAAGUUCUGUCCCCCCGGCUUUGUGCCAGACACUAAAUACGGAUGCAUGAAAGUACUUCACCACACGCCCGACCGUUUCUGCGAGUCCGAUGACGACUGCAGCGACACAGAAGCCUGUGUCGAUGGAUCCUGCGUUGAUCCUUGCGUCGGCCACUGUCGAUCGACAGUUCGAUGUCGGGUUAAAGCACACAGGCCUGUUUGUGGCUGCGACCAAUACGAUCACACUUGUACAAACACUACCACAACUAUGCAAACUUUCGAUUAUUCGACACCAGAAAUCUACGAGAUGACUACACUUUCGAUAACUACGCAAUCUAAUUUUGAUACCACAACACAUACUUCUUCUACUGUUAUGGAGGAAAGUACGAUUCCGUAUUCGAGUGAAAGUACAGAAUCUUCAAGUGAAGUAGCCACUGAAACUUCUGAAGCCCCUAUGACGACUAUACAAACUUUUAAUUAUUCGACACCAGAAACUUACGGGAUGACUGCACUUUCAACAACUACACAAUCUAAUUUUAAUAUCACAGCAUAUACUUCUACCGUUACGGAGCAAAGUACGAUUCCGUAUUCGAAUGAAAGUACAGAAUCUUCGAGUGAAGUAGCCACUGAAACUUCUGAAGCCCCUAUGACGACUAUACAAACUUUUAAUUAUUCGACACCAGAAACUUACGGGAUGACUGCACUUUCAACAACUACACAAUCUAAUUUUAAUACUACAGCAUAUACUUCUACCGUUACGGAGCAAAGUACGAUUCCGUAUUCAAAUGAAAGUACAGAAUCUUCGAGUGAAGUAGCCACUGAAACUUCUGAAGCCCCUAUGACAACUAUACAAACUUCUAACUAUUCGACACCAGAAACUUACGGGAUGACUACACUUUCAACAACUACGCAAUCUAAUUUUAAUACUACAGCAUAUACUUCUACUGUUACGGAGGAAAGUACAAUUCCGUAUUCGAGUGAAAGUACAGAAUCUUCGAGUGAAGUAGCCACUGAAACUUCUGAAGCCCCUAUGACAACUAUGCAAACUUUCGAUUAUUCGACACCAGGAAUCUACGAGAUGACUACACUUUCAACAACUACGCAAUCUAAUUUUAAUACCACAACAUAUACUUCUACUGUUAUGGAAGAAAGUACAACAAUCUCGUAUUUCAGUGAAAGUACAGAAUCUUCGAAAGAAGUAAUCACUGAAAUUUCUGAGACUUCUAUAAUUCAAGAAAGUACAUCCGUCUCUACGGAGAGCAAAUCAACUUUAAGUACAACAGUAGCGGAUGACGUAUUUAAAACUUCCACGACGUUGACAACAGAUGUCGAAGGUGUAGAAAGUACUACUGCUUCAGAUGUCUCAGAAGUGUUUACUGUUAAAGAUAUUUCCGAAGAAAGUACCGAAAUUAUUCCAACAGUGAAAGAUAUUGAAUUCAGUAGUGAGAAAUUUUCUGAGAGUGAGACAACUACUAUGUCUUAUGUUAAUACUACGCGGUAUAUAUCAACUACUGAAAUGACGUUUACUACGAAUUUAAUUAAAGAAACGAAUGUAAGUACAGAAGUAACUGAACCGACAAAAGUGCAGAUAGUCACUCCUGUUACAUAUGUUUAUCCUCCAGAUGAGACGUUGCCAUUGGGUCAUGUUGUUACUGUUACUCCCAUAUGUGUAGGUGAGUAUACUACAGAAGUGCCAGAGAUUACUGAAUCGACAAGUAUGUCUAGUAGUUUUAUUGAGAAUGUUACAAUGGGCGAAAGUUCCAAUACAAUGGGAUUGAUUACUGAGAAUUUACAUAUAACGACAACAGAAAAUGUAACAUUAAUAACUGUGACAGCAGAAUAUCCUCAGAAACAUGAAACAGCAAUGGAGACAACGACAGAGAUGUCGCAAAUAACAGGGGAAUAUUCGACAGAGCCAUUUUACCAUUACACAACUUUAGAAUCUUCUACAAAUAAAUUGGGAACAACUACUGAAAGAUCAACCGAACGAUCUUUUGUAACAGAUUUUUUCACGAAAGAACCUUCAGUAACAAUAUAUUCUACGGAAGAAUCUUUGGAAACUUCAACGAUUGAACAGCCACGAACAGUAAUGCAAUAUAUUACGGAUCAACCUUCUACAACUACUCAGUUUUCUAUCGAACAACAAUCAACGACAACACAAUAUUCAACAGAACAAUCCUUUACAACUCUAAAGUAUUCAACAGAAUCACCACUGACAACUGAACAAUAUACCACGGAACAACCUUCUACAACUGGUCGGUUUUCUACUGAACAACAAACAACAAUGCACUAUAUGACAGAACAAUCAUUUACAAGUAGUGAAUAUUCCACUAAACAAGAAUUAACAACAACGCAAUAUCCUGAAAAAUCUUCUAUAACUUCACAAUAUUCAACAGAACAUCUUUCAACGACUGAACGAUACACCACAGAGCAAUCUACAACUAAUGUCAUCGAACAACAACCAUCGACAAUACAGUAUUCAACAGAAUUCUCAACUGAACAUACCACAGAACAGCAUUCAACAGUUCAACAAUAUUCUACGGAACAGCCACAAACAACUAUACAAUAUUCCACGGAACACUUACGAACAACAACGCAAUACUCAACGGAACAACCCCCAACAACUAUUCGAUAUUCCACCGAACAACAACCAACAACAAUACAGUAUUCAACAGAACUCUCAACCAUUGAACAUACCACGGAACAGCAUUCAACAGUUCAACAAUAUUCUACGGAACAGCUACAAACAACUAUACAAUAUUCCACGGAACACUUACGAACAACAACGCAAUACUCAACGGAACAAUCCCCAACAACUAUUCGAUAUUCUACCGAACAACAACCAACAACAAUACAGUAUUCAACAGAGCUUUCAACCACUGAACAUAUCACGGAACAGCCUGCAACAAUUCAACAAUAUGCUACGGAACAGCCACAAACAACUAUACAAUAUUCCACGGAACACUUACGAACAACAACGCAAUACUCAACGGAACAAUCUCCAACAACUAUUCGAUAUUCUACCGAACAACAACCAACAACAAUACAGUAUUCAACAGAGCUCUCAACCACUGAACAUAUCACGGAACAGCCUGCAACAAUUCAACAGUAUGCUACGGAACAACCACAAACAACUAUACAAUAUUCUACGGAACACUUACGAACAACAACGCAAUACUCAACGGAACAACCUUCAACAACUAAUAAAUAUUUAACAGAACAACAACAACCAACAACAACAAUACAAUAUUCAACAGAGCUCUCAACCACUGAACAUAUCACGGAACAGCCUGCAACAGUUCAACAGUAUGCUACGGAACAACCACAAACAACUAUACAAUAUUCUACGGAACACUUACGAACAACAACGCAAUACUCAACGGAACAACCUUCAACAACUAAUCAAUAUUUAACAGAACAACAACAACCAACAACAACAAUACAAUAUUCAACAGAGCUCUCAACCACUGAACAUAUCACGGAACAGCCUGCAACAGUUCAACAGUAUGCUACGGAACAACCACAAACAACUAUACAAUAUUCUACGGAACACUUACGAACAACAACGCAAUACUCAGCGGAACAACCUUCAACAACUAAUCAAUAUUUAACAGAACAACAACAACCAACAACAACAAUACAAUAUUCAACAGAGCUCUCAACCACUGAACAUAUCACGGAACAACCUUUAACAAUUCAACAAUAUUCUACGGAGCAGCCACAAACAACUAUGCAAUAUUCCACGGAAUACUUACGAACAACAACGCAAUAUUCAACGGAACAACCUUCAACAACUAAUCCAUAUUUCACCGAACAACAACCAGCAACAACACGGUAUUCAACAGAACUCUCUACUACUGAGGAACAACGUCCAACAAUCCAACAGUAUUCCACGGAACAGACACACAUAACAAUACAGUAUUCCACGGAACAACCUGCAAUAACUGUACCAUACUCCACAGAGCUAGAACAAUCUUUCACAGAGUCAUAUCCCACAUUAACAACUCCUAUAAAUACUCCAGGGCAGAUACCUUGCGACCAAACCACCAUCAAUGAUUCCGAAUGUAAUAUCUGUUUGAACGAUACGUGUCGGCCCGUGUGCUUCAACCUAACAGUGAACCAGAGUACACCUAAUUGUAGCAUACUCCCAGAUACCAAAUGCAAAACGCACGACGACUGUCUCUCUCAAUUGGCCUGCAUAAACGAUCAGUGUCUGAACCCGUGCACUCUUCAUAAUCCUUGCGACUUCGUGGAAGUCUGCCAUGUUCAAGACCACAGACCUGUUUGCGUGAAAGAUGUAAUAAACGAUAAGACAGACUGUCCCUACUGUCCAGCGGGUAUGGAGUGCGAUCCAGCGACGUAUACUUGCGUAAAAGCGGGUUGCACUAGCAACAAAGAUUGCCCGCUGACAGAGGCGUGCAUUGAGGGCACUUGUCAGGAACCUUGCCUCGUUUGGAAUCCUUGCACCAAAAACGCGAUCUGCGUUAACACCAAUCACCAAGCGGAUUGCAGCUGCGAGGACGGUUAUCAUGGAAAUGGAUUCUCCUACUGUGAACCAGAAGAAGAAAGCAGAAACAUAUGCCAAUACAACGAAGAUUGUCCAUCGAGCAAAUAUUGCGAUCGCCUUAACCGGAAGUGCAUCGACCCAUGCUUGGAGAACGAUUGCGGUGUGAACGCUAAUUGUUAUCCAGAGAAUCAUCAAGCUCAAUGCAAGUGUUUGCCUGGAUUCCAAGGAAAUCCUGAAGUUGGAUGCACACUAACGACCACCAAUCCGUGUGUUCCAAACCCUUGUGGUUUAGACGCCAUGUGCGAGAACGAUAAUGGCAAUCCUAUAUGCUUCUGUCCGAAAGGAUUGACUGGAAAUCCGUUUGAACAAUGUAUACCAGAAGGUGACCAGUGCCAAGAAAAUCCAUGUGGCGUUAAUUCUGGGUGUCGCGUGGUGUCAGGGCAAGUGAGAUGCUUCUGUUUGCCAGGAUACGAGGGGAAACCACCUGCUUCCCCUUGCACGCUUCCUAGCAACCCUUGCGAACCAUCUCCUUGUGGACCUAACACUCAAUGUACCGUAUUGAACAACGGCCUUUCGAAAUGUACUUGCCUACCAGGAUACAUCGAGAGUCCAAAUACGAUCAGGGGAUGCGUGCCUAAGUCUGAUCAGUGUAGUCCUAAUCCUUGUGGACUUGGCGCUAAGUGUGACUCGGAUAGAGUACCUCCUUGUUAUUGUCCGGAGCAUACCGUUGGAAAUCCUUAUCAGAGUUGCGCAGUAACUCCAUCAGAUACAUACUCACCUUGUCUGCUAGUUCCUUGCGGAAAGAACGCGGUCUGUGUCGAGGAGGAUGGCAUUGGAAAAUGCAAGUGUGUUCCACCAUUUAUUGGAAACCCAUACAUGGACGGUUGCGAAGCGGAAUGUAUCGUGAACCAAGACUGCGACAAUCAUCUUGCGUGUUUCAAUCAGCAUUGUAGAGAUCCUUGUCCAGGUGUUUGCGGUUCCAAUGCAAAAUGCGAAGUGGUUGAUCAUGUUCCAGUUUGUUCUUGCUUACCUGGCUACACCGGCGAUCCGUUUGGCUCUUGCAAACUCGAGACGUCUCCUCUUCCAUCUCAGAAUCCUUGCAUGCCAUCACCUUGCGGACCGCACAGUAUCUGUCGCGUGAUGAACGAUCGUGCGGUUUGUUCGUGCAGUCCAGGAUAUCAUGGAACGUCGCCUAAUUGCCGUCCAGAAUGUCUAGUUAGCUCAGAGUGUCCUGCACAUUUGGCUUGUAUCGGUCAAAAGUGUGGGGAUCCUUGCCCUGGUCUCUGUGGACAGAAUGCUUUAUGCCAGGUCGUCAAUCACAACCCCAUUUGCAGUUGUCCUUCGGAUUAUCUCGGUGAUCCUUUCACUCAAUGCGUCAAAGAAGAUAUACCACUGCCAAGACCAAAGAAUCCUUGUUUACCAUCGCCCUGUGGCCCGAACGCCGAGUGUCGUGUGCAAGAGGAUCAUCCAGUUUGCACGUGUAUCAGUGGAAUGUUCGGAGCACCGCCACUUUGCAGACCAGAGUGUUCGAUUCAUCAAGACUGUCCACAUUAUCUCGCCUGUGUUCAAAAGAAAUGCGUGGAUCCUUGUGCUGGUUCUUGCGGAUUUAAUACCAACUGCACCGUGCAGAACCACCGGCCGAUGUGUCAAUGUAACGAGGGUUACGAAGGGGAUCCAUUCUCUGGAUGUAGCAAAGUUACAUUCCCAGUGCCACUGCCAUGCGAUCCAUCGCCGUGUGGGGCGAAUGCAAUUUGUAAAGAGCGAAACGGAGCUGGUUCGUGUAGCUGUUUACCCGACUAUACCGGAGACCCAUAUCAAGGAUGUAGACCAGAAUGUGUUCAAAAUUCAGACUGUGUUCAUACGAAGGCUUGUAUAAACAAUAAAUGCAAGGAUCCAUGCGUGGGUGCGUGUGGUAUAAAUGCUCAAUGUCAAGUGAUCAAUCAUCAACCCUCGUGCAGCUGUCUCUCUGACUACACGGGAGAUCCAUUAAAAUCCUGCCAUAUAUCGCCUGUAACACCACUGCCACGUGAUCCAUGCCAACCAUCACCUUGUGGAUCAUAUAGUAAUUGUCGUGUGAUCGACAAUCAUGCGGUUUGUUCCUGCCAGCCGGAUUAUGUCGGUAGUCCUCCACAAUGUAGACCAGAAUGUGUGGUUAGCACAGAUUGCGCUCAGAACAUGGCUUGUAUCGAUCAGAAGUGCAGGGAUCCUUGUCCAGGCACUUGUGGUCAGAAUGCUGAUUGUCAAGUUAUCAACCAUAAUCCCGUAUGCAGUUGCACGUCUGGAUACACCGGAGAUCCGUUCUUUGGUUGUGUUAAAGAAGUGGAACCGAAACAACCUGGACCAAAACCAAGUGGAAAUCCAUGCAUUCCAUCGCCUUGCGGUCCAAAUUCUCAGUGUCGCGUGAUCGAUGGAUUCCCAGCAUGUUCCUGUCUACCGAAUUACGUAGGCAGAGCACCGAAUUGUCGACCGGAGUGUGUUAUUAACGAAGGAUGUCCUGGAAAUCUUGCAUGUCAGAACGAACAGUGUGUAGAUCCUUGCCCGGGAUCCUGUGGCGUGAAUACUUAUUGCAAUGUCGUGAAACACAAUCCAGUUUGUAUUUGCAACACCGGGUACACUGGAAAUCCAUUCACCGAAUGUGUACCUAUUAUGAAAGUACCCACGACCACGGAACAACCGCGCACGCCAUGCAAUCCAUCUCCGUGCGGAGCGAACGCGAUCUGCAAUGAACGUAAUGGCGUAGGAUCUUGCACUUGUCGUCCAGAAUACAUCGGCGAUCCCUACACAGGAUGUCGACCAGAAUGUGUGACAAACACCGAUUGCGAUCGUAGCAAGGCUUGCCUGAACAAUAAAUGCGUGAAUCCAUGCCCUGGCACAUGCGGUCAGGGAGCAACUUGUCGCGUAAUCAAUCACGCUCCAUCGUGUUCCUGUCUUCCUGGUUUCACCGGGGAUCCUUUCAGCGCCUGCGCAGUGUUGGAAGUGACGCCAACCUCACCGCCACUAAAUCCCUGCGAACCAUCGCCAUGUGGACCCAACAGCAACUGUCGUGUUCACAAUGGACACGCUGUGUGUCUUUGUCAACUAGGAUUCGUCGGUGUUCCUCCAACCUGUCGUCCAGAAUGCACAGUGAGCUCGGAAUGUUCUCAAAACAAAGCGUGCAUCGAUAACAAGUGCGCAGAUCCUUGUCCAGGUUCCUGUGGGUUGAACACUAAAUGUCUGACAGUGAAUCACAAUCCCAUUUGUACUUGCACUAAUGGAUACACUGGCAAUCCACUGGUUCAGUGCACCAAAUUUAACGUGUCUCAACCACCGUUUAAGGAUGUUGGAAGUCCUUGCACUCCUAAUCCUUGCGGACCUAAUUCUCAAUGCAGAGUUAUUGGCUCUCAACCAGCUUGUUCUUGUUUGUCGAACUUCAUUGGUCGUCCGCCGAAUUGUAGACCGGAGUGCACUGAUAACUCGGAUUGCUUCCAUUCGGCCGCGUGUAUUAACCAGAGAUGCAAGAGUCCUUGUCCCGGAGCCUGUGGAGAGCUGGCUAGGUGUACCGUUCAGAAUCACGUUCCGAUUUGUACGUGUCCCGAGGGUUAUGAGGGUGAUGCCACUGUUCGGUGUAUUCUGGCACCUCCUCCAGCAACGGACAUAAGCGUAACAAACCCAUGUUCUCCGAAUCCAUGCGGUCCAAACGCUCAAUGUCGUGAACGAAACGGUGCAGGAGCUUGUGCAUGUCCACCAGAUCUUAUCGGAGAUCCGUACGAUAACGUAAAGGGAUGUCACAGAGAAUGUGAAUCGAACAACGAUUGUGCUCCACAAUUAACCUGCGUUGGUUUCAAGUGUUCUGAUCCGUGCCCAAGUACUUGCGGUACAUUAUCCAUCUGUAAUGUUCAGGAACAUGUUCCAGUGUGUACUUGUCCUCCAGAAUACACGGGAGACCCGUACUUCGCUUGCGAAGUUAAGGAAAUACCGAGAGAACCAAUGGAUCCAUGUUCACCAUCACCGUGUGGACCCAAUAGUAAGUGUCGCGAAGUGAAUGGUCAAGCAGUCUGCACGUGUCUUCCGGAAUACAGAGGAAUCCCACCGAACUGUAGACCUCACUGUGUGGUCAAUGCUGAAUGUCCAGCUCACUUGGCUUGUUUGAAUAAGAAAUGCACGGAUCCAUGUCCAAACACCUGUGGAUUGAGAGCAUUGUGUACUACUAAGAAUCAUAAUCCUAUUUGUACUUGUCCUGUUGGAUUUACGGGAGAUCCUUUCUCACUAUGCUCGCCUGCGCAAGAAGUUCAACCGUUCACGGAACGACCGCCGUCCUGCACUCCAUCACCCUGCGGUCCGAAUUCCCUGUGCCAGAUCAUAUCCGGAAACCCAGCGUGCUCCUGUUUACCAAAUUACAUCGGCGUUCCUCCAGAAUGCAGACCAGAGUGCAUUCUAAGCUCCGAAUGCAAGAGUCACCUUGCUUGUGUGAAUCAGAAAUGUCAGGAUCCUUGUCCAGGAUCUUGUGGCGUUAAUGCUCAGUGUCACGUACUGAAUCACAUUCCUGUUUGCACCUGUAUGAAUGGUUUCACUGGUGAUCCGUUUACACAGUGCACAGUGAUUCCACCAACAACUGUACCAUCUGUGAGCGAUCCAUGCAGCCCAUCGCCUUGUGGACCUAACGCCAUAUGCAAAAAUGGAGAUUGCGAGUGUUUACCUGAAUAUAUCGGCAAUCCGUACGAAGCUUGUCGACCAGAAUGUAUCCUCAAUUCGGAAUGUGCACGCGAUAAGACUUGUCUGAAGAAUAAGUGCAGAGAUCCUUGCCCUGGCACAUGCGGACAGAAUGCGGUGUGCGAUGUUGUGAAUCAUAUUCCUGUGUGUUCCUGUAUUCCUGGAUACAUUGGAGAUCCGUUUGUCAGCUGUCGUGUCCAACCACAAAUUCCAGAAGCAAAGAGAGAUCCGUGCUCGCCCUCACCAUGUGGGCCAAACAGCCAAUGUCGUAACAUCGAGGACCACGCAGUGUGUUCUUGUCUUCAGGGAUAUCUUGGAUCACCACCUUCGUGCAGACCAGAAUGCGUGGUCAGUACGGAAUGUCCUCCGACUCGUGCUUGCGUGAACAAAAAAUGCACGGAUCCCUGUUUGGGUUCUUGCGGCUUGAACGCCAGAUGCGAAGUGAUCAAUCAUUCGCCGAUCUGCAGUUGUCUUUCUGGACAGACUGGAGAUCCUUUCAAGAGCUGCUACGAUACUCCGAUCUUACCAGACGUCAAAGACACAGGAGAUCCGUGCAAUCCAUCGCCAUGCGGUCCGAAUGCUCAAUGCCAGAACGUGAAUGGCUAUCCAUCCUGUUCUUGUCUUCCAACUUAUAUCGGAACCCCGCCGUCUUGUCGUCCGGAGUGUCUCAUAAAUCCCGACUGUCCAUCGAACAAAGCUUGCGUAAAUUCCAAAUGCACGGAUCCUUGUGCAGGGUCCUGUGCCGAAAAUGCCAGGUGUUUGGUAGUCAAUCAUGCUGUUACCUGCUCAUGUCCAGCCGACUAUACAGGAAAUCCUUUCGUCCAAUGUGUCGAACUGGAUCAAGAACCAAUCAAUCCAUGCGAGCCUUCGCCUUGUGGUCCAAACGCGAUCUGCCAACAACGUGACAACGUCGGUGCUUGUAUCUGUAUCGACGAUUACCACGGAAAUCCCUAUGAAGGCUGUCAGCCAGAAUGCAUCCUCAGUUCAGACUGUCCAACGAACAAAGCCUGCGUUCGCAACAAAUGUGAAGAUCCGUGUCCAGGAAUAUGUGGCAUCCAAGCUCAGUGUUCCGUCAUCAACCACAUCCCUACUUGCACAUGUCAGCCUGGCUACGUAGGAGAUCCCUUCAGCAUCUGUAAUUUACCAAUCAAUGCAGACACUGAGCCUACUGUCACUGACCCAUGUAGCCCUACGCCUUGUGGACCCAAUAGCUUGUGCAGAGCCGUGAAAGAUCAAGCUGUGUGUACUUGCCAGGAAUCGUUCGUUGGUUCUCCGCCUAACUGCAAGCCUGAGUGUGUCGUAAAUUCUGAAUGUCCUCAAAAUAGGGCUUGUUACAAAUACAAGUGUAAUGAUCCUUGUCCUGGAACGUGUGGAGUGGGAGCUAAUUGUCGUGUAAUUAAUCAUAAUCCGCUGUGCAGCUGUCCUCAGGGCACUACGGGAGAUCCUUUCUCUAGAUGCUAUCCUCAGACGAUCACACCAUCGCCACCAGUGGGUGAUCCUUGCAGUCCAAGUCCGUGCGGCCUCUACGCAGAAUGUAGAGCAAUUGGCGAUCAAGCUGCUUGUUCAUGCCUCAAGAACUACAUAGGACUACCACCAAAUUGUCGACCAGAGUGUGUCGUUAACACAGAUUGUCCUUCUAAUCAAGCCUGCAUCUCGGAAAAAUGCAGAGAUCCUUGCAUUGGAUCGUGUGGACAAAAUGCAGAUUGCAGGGUGCAGAAUCACAUUCCUGUCUGCUUGUGCCAACCAGGAUACACCGGCGAUCCUUUCACGCUAUGCUCGCAGAUAAUAGAACAACCAAAGCCAGAAGAUCUGUGCAAUCCAUCACCCUGUGGACCAAACGCAGAUUGCAGAGAGGGAAUCUGCACGUGCCUUCCAAACUAUUUCGGUGAUCCAUACUCGUACUGUCGUCCAGAAUGCACUAUGAAUUCGGACUGCUCUCGAGUAAAGGCGUGUGUCAAUCAAUUUUGCGUGGAUCCUUGUAUUGGCACGUGUGGAACCAAUGCGAAAUGCGACGUGGUCAAUCACAUUCCUAUGUGCAGCUGUUUCCCUGGUACCACUGGAGAUCCGUUCACACUGUGUCGACCACAGAUAUCUGAAGAACCAAGAAAACAACCAUGCACACCGUCUCCCUGUGGGCCGAACAGUAUUUGCAAGGUGGUGAACGAUCAUGCAGUCUGCUCUUGUCAGACUGACUUUAUCGGUAGUCCUCCUGCGUGCAGACCAGAGUGUGUAGUGAGUGCCGAGUGUCCGUUAACUCAGGCGUGUCUCUCUAACAAGUGUCAAGAUCCCUGUCCAGGAACUUGUGGACAGAAUACCAAAUGUCAAGUAGUCAAUCACAAUCCAAUAUGCAGCUGCUCCGAGGGACACACUGGCGAUCCUUUCACUAGAUGUUACAUCAUGUCCAAACAACCACCAGUACCAACGAACCCGUGUCAACCAUCUCCGUGCGGUCCGAACGCGGAGUGUCAAGUGCGAGGUGAUAGUUCAGCGUGUUCGUGUAUCGAAAAUUACAUCGGUGUUCCACCAAAUUGCAGACCUCAGUGUACGAUUAAUCCCGAGUGUCCGCCGCAUUUAGCGUGUAUGCAACAAAAGUGUCGCGAUCCGUGUGUCGGUCUGUGUGGUUUGAAUGCUCAGUGUACGGUUGUGAAUCAUCACGCGGUGUGUGCUUGCCUCGAUGGUUACAGCGGAAAUCCGUUCAGCGUUUGCGAGACGAUCCAGAUGGAUACACCCUUAGAUAUUAGGAAACCAUGCGAGCCAUCCCCCUGUGGUACCAACGCGGUUUGUCGCGAGAACAAUGGCGUCGGUUCCUGUUCCUGUCUGCCAGACUACAUUGGUGACCCCUACGAAGGAUGCAGACCUGAAUGUACCCAAAACCCCGAUUGCUCCAAGACGAUGGCCUGCAUGGGCCUCAAGUGCCGAGAUCCCUGUCCAGGAACCUGUGGAUUGCAAGCUCGUUGCGAAACGAUCAAUCACGUGCCUGCGUGUUCAUGUAACCCUGGAUACACCGGCAAUCCGUUCACCUAUUGUUCCCCCAUCUCCGUUGCUCCAAACCCCAUAGAGUCAGACCCCUGUAGUCCGUCUCCAUGCGGACCGAAUAGUCAAUGUCGAAACGUCAACGACCAUGCUGUGUGUACCUGCUUGGCAAAUUUCAUUGGAAGCCCACCAACUUGUCGACCCGAAUGCGUGGUAAACAGUGAAUGUUCAAGGGAACUUGCGUGCAUUAAUCAAAAAUGUGCGUCCCCGUGCAUGAACUCAUGUGGUAUCAAUACGCAGUGUAAGGUGAUCAACCACAGCCCCAUAUGCAUCUGCAAUAUUGGAUACACUGGUGAUCCGUUUACGAAAUGCUUCCCUACUCCACAAUCACCCCAGAAAGACACUGACCUCGCUCCCAAAGAUCCGUGCGUGCCAUCACCUUGUGGCAUGUACGCAGAAUGCAGGAACAUCGGUGGUACAGCCUCUUGUUCCUGUCUGCCAAGAUAUAUCGGAUCCCCACCGACCUGUCGACCGGAAUGUCGCGUGAAUUCAGAUUGCCCCAUGAAUCUUGCAUGUACCAAUGAGAAGUGCAGAGAUCCUUGUCAAGGAUCCUGUGGUGUUACGUCCCUGUGCACGGUUUACAACCACGUGCCUGUGUGCACCUGCCCCGAAGGAUACACCGGCGAUCCUUUCAGCAAUUGUUAUCCUGCACCCAUUAAACCAACUGCACCAACUGUUGUUGACCCUUGUGUAUCGUCACCAUGUGGACCUAAUGCACGUUGCGACGAUGGAAUUUGCACAUGUUUACCAGAGUAUCAGGGAGAUCCUUACGUUGGUUGUCGACCAGAGUGCGUACUGAAUACGGAUUGUCCUCAGAAUCGAGCUUGCAUCAGGAACAAGUGUGUCGAUCCUUGCCCCGGUACAUGUGGUCGAAAUGCGCAGUGUCUGAUAUUCAAUCAUGUUCCUAUGUGCAGCUGUCCUAGUGGAAUGGUUGGAAAUGCAUUUGUUCAGUGCACUGUCCUUCAAGAUACUGUAAAGAGGAAUCCCUGUUCGCCGUCGCCCUGUGGACCAAAUAGCGUAUGUAGAGAGAUCAAUGAACAGCCAGUGUGUUCCUGCGUAGCAGGAUACCUGGGUGCACCACCUACCUGUAGACCAGAAUGUACAGUCAGUUCAGAUUGUCCUUUAUCAGAAGCUUGUAGCAAUCAGAAAUGUGUCAAUCCUUGUCCCGGCUCAUGUGGAUUCAGAGCUACUUGUAACGUUGUCAAUCACAAUCCUAUAUGCAGUUGUCCAUCAGAACUCACUGGCGAUCCAUUUGUUCAGUGUGUUCCACGACCACUCGAGCCUGUAGUGCCACAAAACCCAUGUGAACCAUCUCCGUGUGGACCCAAUGCAGAAUGCAGAGUGGUCAAUGACGCUCCCUCUUGCUCUUGUUCACCGGAAUUCAUAGGCGCACCACCCAAUUGUCGACCGGAAUGUGUCAGUAAUAGCGAAUGUCCUAGUCAGUUUGCUUGCAUCAAUCAGAAAUGCAGAGACCCUUGUCCGGGAUCUUGUGGCGCUAACGCUGAAUGUCGCGUUGUCAGUCAUACACCCAUGUGUGUGUGUCCGAGCGAAUAUACCGGUGAUCCCUUCACUCAAUGUACACCUAGACCACCUGUCCCUGUGAAUAUUUCUCCAUGUACUCCUUCGCCAUGUGGCUUCAACGCGAUAUGCAAAGAACAAAACGGUAUAGGUUCGUGUUCCUGUUCGCUCGAUUACAUUGGCAACCCUUACGAAGGUUGUCGCCCUGAAUGUGUCGUUGAUACGGAUUGUCCAUCUACCUUGAGCUGUAUACGUUCUAAAUGUCAAGAUCCUUGUCCAGGCACUUGUGGAACGAACACAGAGUGCAAGGUUAUCAAUCAUCGUCCUGCGUGCACGUGUAUUCAAGGUUACAGUGGAAACCCCUUCCAAUACUGCACCUUGAUGCGUGAAUUAGAAGAUAAACCGACGUACAAGGACCCAUGCAAUCCUUCACCUUGCGGACCAAACAGUCAAUGUCGAGUAGUAAAUGAUCAAGGAGUUUGUUCCUGUCUGCCAGAAUAUACAGGCGUACCUCCAAUGUGCCGACCUGAGUGCGUUCUAAACUCAGAGUGUCCUCAAGAUCGUGCAUGUAUUAAUCAGAAAUGCGUGGACCCGUGUCCAGCUUCUUGUGGUACAUUCGCUACAUGCGUGGUCAGGAAUCACAGUCCAAUCUGUGCAUGUAGGCAAUCAUACACGGGGGAUCCCUUCACUAGAUGCUUCCCUAUUCCACAAGCUACACCUCCUACAGCACUCGAAGUUACACAACCAUGUUUGCCUUCUCCUUGCGGUCCAAAUUCAGAAUGUCGUGUGGUUAAUGGUGGGCCAUCUUGUCAGUGUCGACCAUCUUAUAUUGGAAGUCCUCCAAACUGUCGUCCAGAGUGUACAGUGAAUUCAGAUUGUUCUCCUAGUCAGGCUUGCAUGAGAGCAAAAUGCGGAGACCCUUGCCCAGGUUCUUGUGGAUCUAAUGCUCAGUGCACUGUACUCAAUCACGUUCCUAUAUGUUCCUGCUUCGAAGGAUACACGGGAGAUCCUUUCAGUAACUGCCACCCCGCUCCAGUUAAGCCAACUGAACCCACUGUUGCUGACCCCUGUACACCAUCGCCUUGUGGUCCCAAUGCACGUUGUGACAAUGGAAUUUGUACAUGUCUAUCAGAAUAUCAGGGUGAUCCAUACGUAGGUUGUCGUCCAGAAUGUGUACUGAAUACGGAUUGUCCUCAGAAUAGAGCUUGUUUAAGAAACAAGUGCGUUGAUCCUUGUCCUGGUACAUGUGGUGUCAAUGCAGAAUGUUUAGUAUACAAUCACGUGCCCAUGUGCAGUUGUCCUAAUGGAAUGGUUGGAAACGCAUUCGUUCAGUGCACAAUUCUUCAAGAUACCGUCAAAGGGAACCCAUGUUCGCCUUCACCGUGUGGACCAAACAGUGUUUGUCGAGAGAUCAAUGGUCAGCCUGUUUGCUCCUGCGUAGCGGGAUACUUAGGAGCACCACCAACUUGCAGACCAGAAUGUACAGUCAGUUCCGAUUGCCCACCGACACAAGCUUGCACCAAUCAGAAAUGUGUCAAUCCUUGUCCUGGUACAUGUGGGUUUAGAGCCAUUUGCAAUGUUGUCAAUCAUAAUCCGAUAUGCAGCUGUCCACCUGAACUCUCUGGCGAUCCAUUUGUUCAGUGUAUUCCACGACCACCCGAGCCCGUAGUGCCACAAAACCCAUGUGAACCAUCUCCGUGUGGACCCAAUGCAGAAUGCAGAGUCAUCAAUGGUGCACCCUCUUGUUCCUGUUUGUCGGAAUUCAUAGGAGCCCCACCUAAUUGCAGGCCCGAAUGUGUUAGCAAUAGCGAAUGUCCUAGUCAGUUUGCCUGUAUGAAUAAAAAAUGUAAGGAUCCUUGUCCUGGAUCUUGUGGAGCUAACGCCGAGUGUCGUGUUGUUAGUCAUACACCUAUGUGUAUUUGUCCUGAUCACUAUACCGGUGAUCCUUUCACUCAGUGUACACUCAAACCACCUGUUCCCGUCAAUCUCUCCCCAUGUAGUCCAUCGCCGUGCGGUUUCAAUGCAAUAUGUAAAGAACAGAACGGCGUCGGUUCGUGUUCCUGCGCAGCCGAUUACAUCGGCAACCCUUACGAAGGGUGCCGCCCUGAAUGUGUCGUUGACACGGACUGUCCAUCAGCAUUAAGUUGUAUACGCUCUAAAUGCCAAGAUCCCUGCCCAGGUACCUGUGGCACGAACGCAGAAUGCAAGGUCAUCAACCACCGUCCUGCGUGCACGUGCUUCCGAGACUACACUGGAAAUCCAUUCCAAUACUGUACCUUGAUACGUGAAAUUGGUACGAAAAAUCUCUCAGAUGAUCCGUGCAACCCUUCUCCAUGUGGACCAAACAGUCAGUGUCGUGUAGUAAACGGCCAAGGAGUCUGCUCCUGUCUGCCAGAAUUCACGGGUGCACCUCCUAUGUGUCGCCCUGAGUGUACUCUAAAUUCCGAGUGUCCUGAAGAACGUGCAUGCGUUAACCAGAAAUGUGUAGACCCGUGUCCCGCAUCUUGUGGCACAUUUGCCACGUGUGUGGUAAAAAAUCACAGUCCAAUUUGUGCUUGUAGAGAAGCAUACACUGGAGAUCCAUUCACUAGAUGUUUCCCCAUCCCACCCUUACCACCAGCCACAGUCGAACCUUCACAACCUUGCUUGCCAUCUCCUUGUGGUCCAAAUUCAGAGUGUCGUGUAGUUAACGGAGGUCCAUCUUGUCAAUGUCUACCAACUUACAUUGGAAGUCCACCAAACUGUCGUCCAGAGUGUACAGUUAGCUCUGACUGCUCUCCCAGUCAAGCCUGUAUAAGACAAAAGUGCAGAGAUCCUUGUCCAGGGUCUUGUGGCUCUAACGCACAGUGUACAGUAUCGAAUCACGUUCCUGUAUGUUCGUGUCUAAGCGGAUACACAGGAGAUCCUUUCAACAGUUGCAAUCUUGCUCCCGUUAAACCAACUGAACCCACGAUUAUUGACCCUUGUGCAUUAUCACCUUGUGGACCCAAUGCACGUUGCGACAGUGGAAUCUGUACAUGUUUACCAGAGUAUCAGGGAGAUCCUUACAUUGGUUGUCGACCAGAAUGUGUGUUGAACACAGAUUGCCCUCAGAAUCGUGCUUGUCUGAGAAACAAGUGUGUUGAUCCUUGUCCUGGUACUUGUGGCAUAAAUGCAGAAUGUCUGGUGUAUAGUCACGUGCCCAUGUGCAGCUGUCCCAACGGAAUGGUUGGAAAUGCAUUUGUCCAGUGCACUGUUCUCCAAGGUACAAAUUAAGAAAUUUCAUUUGCGAUGAUAAUAUAAUUCUCAUCUUACACGCCGCUGACUGUCUCCCAUUAUAUUUUAACGAUAGAUACUAUAAAAAGAAACCCUUGUUCACCUUCACCAUGUGGACCAAAUAGUAUUUGUCGAGAGAUCAAUGGGCAGCCCGUUUGUUCGUGCGUAGCAGGAUUCCUGGGUGCUCCUCCAACUUGUAGACCAGAAUGUACACUUAGUUCUGAUUGUUCUUUAUCAGAAGCUUGUAGCAAUCAAAAAUGUGUCAAUCCUUGUCCCGGCUCAUGUGGAUUCAGAGCUACUUGUAACGUUGUCAAUCAUAAUCCUAUAUGCAGCUGCCCGCCAGACCUCACUGGCGAUCCAUUUGUUCAAUGUACCCCACGCCCACCUGAGCCCGUUGUGCCACAAAACCCAUGCGAACCUUCUCCAUGCGGACCAAAUUCUCAAUGUAGAGUUGUCAACGAUGCUCCCUCAUGUUCUUGUUCUCCAGAAUUCAUAGGCGCACCUCCCAAUUGUCGACCGGAAUGUGUCAGUAAUAGUGAAUGCCCAAGUCAGUUGGCUUGUAUGAACCAAAAAUGCAGAGAUCCUUGUCCUGGAUCCUGUGGAGCUAACGCAGAGUGUCGUGUUGUUAGUCACACUCCGAUGUGUAUCUGCCCAGACGCUUAUGUCGGUGAUCCCUUCACCCAGUGUACACCUAGACCACCUAUCCCUGUCAAUAUUUCUCCAUGCACCCCAUCACCGUGUGGUUUCAACGCGAUAUGCAGAGAACAAAGUGGCGUAGGUUCCUGUUCCUGUUUAAAUGAUUAUAUUGGCAACCCCUAUCAAGGAUGUCGCCCUGAAUGUGUCGUUGACACUGACUGUUCAUCCACAUUGAGCUGCAUACGCUCUAAAUGUCAGGAUCCUUGCCCCGGCACUUGUGGCACGAACGCAGAGUGCAAAGUCAUCAAUCAUCGUCCUGCAUGCACUUGUCUCCAAGGUUACAGUGGAAAUCCCUUCCAAUACUGUAUAGUAAUCCGAGAAAUAGAAGAUACACCAACGUACAAGGAUCCAUGCAACCCUUCACCUUGCGGACCAAAUAGUCAAUGUCGAGUAGUAAAUGAUCAAGGUGUUUGCUCUUGUCUGGCUGAAUUUACUGGCACACCCCCCAUGUGUCGUCCCGAAUGUACUUUAAAUUCAGAAUGUUCACAAGACCGUGCGUGCGUUAACCAGAAAUGUGUUAAUCCAUGUCCUGCUUCAUGUGGAACUUUCGCCACUUGCAUGAUCAGGAAUCAUAGCCCAAUUUGUGCCUGCAGAGAAUCGUAUACCGGGGAUCCCUUCACUAGAUGUUUCCCCGUUCCACAAGCUGCACCACCUACAGCAGUCGAUGUUUCACAACCAUGUUUGCCUUCUCCUUGCGGCCCGAAUUCAGAAUGUCGUGUGGUUAAUGGUGGACCGUCUUGUCAAUGUCUACCAAAUUAUAUUGGUAGCCCUCCAAAUUGUCGUCCAGAGUGUACAGUAAAUUCUGAUUGUUCCGCAAGUCAGACUUGCAUGAGACAAAGGUGCAGAGAUCCUUGUCCAGGUUCAUGUGGUUCCAAUGCCCAGUGCACGGUGCUCAAUCACGUUCCUAUAUGUACCUGUUUCGAAGGAUACACUGGAGAUCCUUUCAGUAACUGCAAUCUCUCUCCCGUCAUACCAACUGAACCAACUAUUGUUGAUCCCUGUGCAUCAUCACCUUGUGGGCCCAAUGCACGUUGCGACGAUGGAAUAUGUACAUGUUUAGCAGAAUAUCAAGGGGACCCUUAUAUGGGUUGUCGACCGGAAUGUGUACUGAACACAGACUGUCCUCAGAAUCGAGCUUGUUUAAGGAAUAAGUGUAUCGAUCCUUGUCCUGGUACAUGUGGUUUAAAUGCAGAAUGUUUAGUAUACAAUCACGUGCCUAUGUGUAGCUGUCCCACUGGUAUGAUUGGAAAUGCUUUCGUUCAGUGCACUGUCUCCCAAGAUAUCAUAGAAAGAAAUCCAUGUUCGCCUUCGCCAUGUGGACCAAACAGCGUUUGUCGAGAAAUCAAUGGUCAGCCUGUCUGCUCCUGCGUAGCAGGAUUCUUAGGAGCACCACCAACUUGUAGACCAGAGUGCACAGUCAGCACUGAUUGUCCACUGACACAAGCUUGUACCAAUCAGAAGUGUGUAAAUCCAUGUCCGGGUUCAUGUGGAUUUAGAGCUGUUUGCAACGUUGUCAAUCAUAAUCCUAUAUGCAGUUGUCCAGCAGACCUCACUGGUGAUCCGUUUGUUCAAUGUGUUCCACCACCACCCGAACCCGUAGUGCCACAAAACCCAUGCGAACCCACUCCGUGCGGCCCCAACUCUCAAUGUAGGGUUGUCAACGAUGCUCCCUCAUGUUCUUGUUCUCCAGAAUUCAUAGGCGCACCUCCCAAUUGUCGUCCGGAAUGUGUCAGUAAUAGCGAAUGUCCUAGUCAAUUUGCUUGCAUCAAUCAGAAAUGCAGAGAUCCUUGUCCUGGAUCCUGCGGGGCAAACGCGGAGUGUCGUGUUGUCAGUCAUACUCCAAUGUGUGUUUGUCCUGAGGAUUAUACUGGUGACCCCUUCACGCAGUGUACACCAAGACCACCUGUUCCCGUCAGUCUUUCUCCGUGCACUCCAUCACCAUGCGGUUUCAAUGCGAUAUGCAAAGAGCAAAACGGUGUUGGAUCUUGCUCCUGCCUGUCUGAUUACAUUGGUAAUCCUUAUGAAGGUUGUCGGCCCGAAUGUGUCAUUGAUACCGAUUGUGCAUCCACAUUGAGCUGUAUACGAUCCAAAUGUCAAGAUCCCUGUCCAGGGACUUGUGGUACAAAUGCAGAGUGUAAGGUCAUAAAUCACCGCCCUGCAUGUACAUGCAUUCAAGGUUAUAGUGGGAAUCCCUUCCAAUUCUGUACUCUCAUACGGGAGAUAGAAGAUGACACGAAAUACAAAGAUCCGUGCAACCCUUCACCUUGCGGACCCAACAGUCAGUGUCGCGUAGUAAACGGACAAGGAGUCUGCUCCUGUCUGCCAGAAUUCUCGGGCACGCCACCCAUGUGCCGCCCCGAGUGUACUUUAAAUUCGGAAUGUUCACUAGAUCGUGCGUGUGUUAACCAAAAAUGUGUUAAUCCAUGCCCUGCAUCAUGUGGAACAUUCGCUACUUGCGUGGUCAGAAACCAUAGUCCAAUUUGUGCCUGCAGAGAUUCAUAUACCGGCGAUCCAUUCACCAGAUGUUUCCCUAUUCCACAAGCUACACCGCCUACAGCAAUUGAAGUGUCGCAACCUUGUUUGCCCUCUCCUUGUGGUCCAAAUUCAGAAUGUCGUGUGAUCAAUGGUGGACCAUCUUGCCAGUGUCGGUCAACUUACGUUGGCAGUCCACCAAACUGUCGGCCAGAAUGUACGGUCAACUCCGAUUGUUCCCCUAGUCAAGCCUGCAUGAGAGAAAAGUGCAGGGACCCUUGCCCAGGUUCUUGUGGUUCCAACGCUCAGUGCACAGUGCUCAAUCACGUUCCUAUAUGUUCCUGCUUCAACGGAUACACCGGAGAUCCUUUCAGCAAUUGUUAUCCAAUUCCGGUGGCACCAAUUGAACCGUCGGUAAACGACCCUUGCGCAUCAUCCCCUUGUGGCCCCAAUGCACGUUGUGAAAGUGGAAUCUGUACAUGCUUGACAGACUAUCAGGGUGAUCCAUAUGUUGGAUGCCGACCAGAGUGUGUAUUGAAUACCGAUUGUGCCCAGAACCGCGCUUGCUUAAGAAACAAAUGCGUUGAUCCUUGCCCUGGUACUUGCGGUCGAAAUGCAGAGUGUCUAGUAUACAAUCAUGUGCCCAUGUGUAGUUGUCCAAGUGGAAUGGUUGGAAAUGCGUUCGUACUGUGCACUGUCGCUCAAGAUACCGUAAAGGACAACCCGUGCUCUCCUUCACCUUGUGGACCAAACAGCGUCUGUCGCGAGAUCAAUGGUCAGCCUGUUUGCUCCUGCGUAGCAGGAUUCUUGGGAGCACCACCUACCUGUAGACCGGAGUGUACAGUCAGUUCCGAUUGUCCCCUGACACAAGCUUGUAGCAACCAGAAAUGUGUAAAUCCAUGUCCGGGUUCAUGUGGAUUUAGAGCCAUCUGCAACGUCGUCAAUCACAAUCCCAUAUGUGGCUGCCCAUCUGAACUUACAGGCGACCCAUUUGUUCAAUGUGUCCCCCGACCUCCCGAGCCCGCAAUACCGCAAAAUCCAUGCGAACCCUCUCCGUGUGGACCCAAUGCAGAAUGCAGAGUCGUCAAUGAUGCACCUUCUUGCUCUUGUUUAUCUGAAUACAUAGGCACUCCGCCCAAUUGCAGACCCGAAUGUGGCAGUAAUAGCGAAUGUGCAACUCAUUUGGCUUGUAUCAAUCAGAAAUGCAGAGAUCCUUGUCCUGGAUCCUGUGGGGCAAACGCAGAAUGUCGUGUUGUUAGUCAUACCCCUAUGUGUGCCUGUUCGAACGACUAUACCGGCGAUCCCUUCACUCAGUGUACACCUACUCCACUUGUUCCCGUAAAUCUCUCCCCAUGUAGUCCAUCACCGUGUGGUUUCAAUGCAAUCUGCAAAGAACAGAACGGCGUCGGGUCAUGUUCCUGUGCUGCUGAUUACAUCGGCAACCCUUAUGAAGGAUGCCGCCCCGAAUGUGUCGUUGAUACUGACUGUCGAUCUACACUGAGCUGUAUACGUUCCAAAUGUCAAGACCCAUGUCCGGGCACCUGUGGCACAAACGCAGAGUGCAAGGUCAUUAAUCAUCGGCCUGCGUGCACAUGCAUUUCUGGUUACAGUGGAAAUCCCUUCCAAUACUGCUCCGUAAUGCCCACAAUCGAGGAUGAAACGCAGUAUAAGGAUCCCUGCAGUCCUUCGCCUUGCGGACCCAACAGUCAGUGUCGCGUAGUAAACGGACAAGGAGUCUGCUCCUGUCUGCCAGAAUUCACGGGCACGCCACCCAUGUGCCGCCCCGAGUGUACUUUAAAUUCGGAAUGUUCACAAGAUCGUGCGUGUGUUAACCAGAAAUGUGUUAAUCCAUGCCCUGCUUCAUGUGGAACAUUUGCCACUUGCGUUGUCAGGAACCAUAGUCCAAUUUGUGCCUGCAGAGACUCAUAUACCGGAGAUCCAUUCACUAGAUGUUUCCCCGUUCCACAAGCUACACCACCUACUGCAAUUGAAGUUUCGCAACCUUGUUUGCCCUCUCCUUGUGGUCCAAAUUCUGAAUGUCGUGUGGUCAAUGGUGGGCCAUCUUGCCAGUGUCGGUCAACUUACGUUGGUAGUCCACCAAAUUGUCGGCCAGAAUGUACGGUCAACUCCGAUUGUUCCCCUAGUCAAGCCUGCAUGAGAGAAAAUUGCAGGGACCCUUGCCCAGGUUCUUGUGGUUCCAACGCUCAGUGCACAGUGCUCAAUCACGUUCCUAUAUGUUCCUGCUUCAACGGAUACACCGGAGAUCCUUUCAGCAAUUGUUAUCCAAUUCCGGUGACACCAAUUGAACCGUCGGUAAACGACCCUUGCGCAUCAUCCCCUUGUGGCCCCAAUGCACGUUGUGAAAGUGGAAUCUGUACAUGCUUGACAGACUAUCAGGGUGAUCCAUAUGUUGGAUGCCGACCAGAGUGUGUAUUGAAUACCGAUUGUGCUCAAAAUCGCGCUUGUUUGAGAAACAAAUGCGUCGAUCCUUGCCCUGGUACUUGCGGUCGAAAUGCAGAGUGUCUAGUAUAUAAUCAUGUGCCCAUGUGCAGUUGCCCAAGUGGAAUGGUUGGAAAUGCGUUCGUACUGUGUACUGUCGCUCAAGAUGCCGAAAAGGGUAACCCAUGCUCUCCUACGCCAUGUGGACCAAACAGUAUCUGUCGAGAAAUCAAUGGACAACCUGUCUGCUCCUGCGUAGCAGGAUACUUAGGAGCACCGCCAACUUGCAGACCAGAAUGCACAGUCAGCUCCGAUUGUCCGCCGACACAGGCUUGCUCCAAUCAGAAAUGUGUCAAUCCUUGCCCUGGUACAUGUGGGUUUAGUGCCAUUUGCAAUGUUGUCAAUCAUAAUCCGAUAUGCAGCUGUCCGCCUGAACUCUCUGGCGACCCAUUUGUCCAGUGUGUUCCACGACCACCAGAGCCCGUAGUGCCACAAAACCCAUGCGAACCCUCUCCGUGUGGACCCAAUGCAGAAUGCCGAGUCCUUAAUGAUGCUCCCUCUUGCUCUUGUUUAUCGCAGUUCAUAGGAACCCCACCAAAUUGUAGACCUGAAUGUGGCAGCAAUAGCGAAUGCCCCAGUCAGUUAGCCUGCAUCAAUCAGAAGUGCAGAGAUCCUUGUCCUGGAUCCUGUGGGGCAAACGCCGAAUGUCGUGUUGUUAGUCAUACCCCUAUGUGUGCCUGUUUGAAUGACUAUACCGGUGACCCCUUCACUCAGUGUUCACCUACGCCACAUGUUCCCGUCAAUCUCUCCCCAUGUAGUCCAUCACCGUGUGGUUUCAAUGCGAUAUGCAAAGAACUGAACGGUGUCGGGUCAUGUUCCUGUGCUGCUGAUUACAUCGGCAACCCUUAUGAAGGAUGCCGCCCCGAAUGUGUCGUUGACACUGACUGUCCAUCUACAUUGAGCUGUAUACGUUCCAAAUGUCAAGACCCAUGUCCGGGUACCUGUGGCACAAACGCAGAGUGCAAGGUCAUCAAUCACCGGCCUGCGUGCACAUGCAUUCCUGGUUACAGUGGAAAUCCCUUCCAAUACUGCUCCGUAAUGCCUGCAAUCGAGGAUGAAACGCAGUAUAAGGAUCCCUGCAGUCCUUCGCCUUGCGGACCCAACAGUCAGUGUCGCGUAGUAAACGGACAAGGAGUCUGCUCCUGUCUGCCAGAAUUCACGGGCACGCCACCCAUGUGCCGCCCCGAGUGUACUUUAAAUUCGGAAUGUUCACAAGAUCGUGCGUGUGUUAACCAGAAAUGUGUUAAUCCAUGCCCUGCUUCAUGUGGAACAUUUGCCACUUGCGUUGUCAGGAACCAUAGUCCAAUUUGUGCCUGCAGAGACUCAUAUACCGGAGAUCCAUUCACUAGAUGUUUCCCCGUUCCACAAGCUUCACCACCUACAGCAAUUGAAGUGUCGCAACCUUGUUUGCCCUCUCCUUGUGGUCCAAAUUCAGAAUGUCGUGUGAUCAAUGGUGGGCCAUCUUGCCAGUGUAGAUCAACUUACGUUGGCAGUCCACCAAACUGUCGACCAGAAUGUACGGUCAACUCCGAUUGUUCCCCUAGUCAGGCUUGCAUGAGAGAAAAGUGCAGAGACCCUUGUCCAGGUUCUUGUGGUUCCAAUGCUCAGUGCACGGUGCUCAAUCACGUACCUAUAUGUUCCUGCUUCAACGGAUACACCGGAGAUCCCUUCAGCAACUGUUACCCUGCUCCCGUGACACCAACGGAGCCGUCAGUGGUUGAUGCUUGUGCAUCAUCACUUUGCGGUCCCAAUGCACGUUGUGAAGGUGGAAUCUGUACAUGCCUGACAGACUAUCAGGGUGAUCCAUAUGUUGGAUGCCGACCGGAGUGUGUAUUGAACACCGAUUGUGCCCAGAACCGCGCUUGUUUAAGAAACAAAUGCGUUGAUCCAUGCCCUGGUACUUGCGGUCGAAAUGCAGAGUGUCUAGUAUACAAUCAUGUGCCCAUGUGCAGUUGUCCAAGUGGAAUGGUUGGAAAUGCGUUCGUACUGUGCACUGUCGCUCAAGAUACCGUAAAGGGUGACCCAUGUUCUCCUUCACCUUGUGGACCAAACAGUGUCUGUCGGGAAAUCAAUGGACAACCUGUAUGCUCUUGCGUAUCUGGAUUUUUGGGAACACCACCUACCUGUAGACCGGAGUGUACAGUCAGUUCCGAUUGUCCUCUGACACAAGCCUGUAGCAACCAGAAAUGUGUCAAUCCAUGCUCUGGUACAUGCGGGUUCAGGGCCACCUGCAACGUCGUCAAUCAUAAUCCCAUAUGUGGCUGCCCGCCUGAGCUUACAGGCGACCCAUUUGUCCAAUGUGUCCCGCGACCUCCCGAGCCCGCAGUACCGCAAAAUCCAUGCGAACCCUCUCCGUGUGGACCCAAUGCAGAAUGCAGAGUCGUCAAUGAUGCACCUUCUUGCUCUUGUUUAUCUGAAUUCAUAGGCACUCCGCCCAAUUGCAGACCCGAAUGUGGCAGUAAUAGCGAAUGUGCAAUUCAUUUGGCUUGUAUCAAUCAGAAAUGCAGAGAUCCUUGUCCUGGAUCCUGUGGGGCAAACGCGGAAUGUCGUGUUGUUAGUCAUACCCCUAUGUGUGCCUGUUCGAACGACUAUACCGGCGACCCCUUCACUCAGUGUACACCUACGCCACCUGUUCCCGUAAAUCUCUCCCCAUGUAGUCCAUCACCUUGUGGCUUUAACGCUAUAUGUAAAGAACAAAAUGGAGUGGGGUCCUGUUCCUGUUUAUCUGAUUAUAUCGGUAAUCCCUACGAUGGGUGUCGUCCCGAGUGUGUCGUUGACACCGAUUGUCCAUCUACACUGAGCUGUAUACGUUCCAAAUGUCAAGACCCCUGCCCUGGUACCUGUGGCACAAACGCGGAGUGCAGGGUCAUCAAUCACCGGCCUGCAUGCACGUGUAUUCCAGGUUACACUGGAAAUCCCUUCCAAUACUGCUCCAUAGUGCCCGCAAUAGAGGAUGAGAUGAAGUAUAAGGAUCCCUGCAGUCCUUCGCCUUGCGGACCCAACAGUCAAUGUCGCGUAGUAAACGGACAAGGAGUUUGCACCUGUCUGCCAGAAUUCACGGGCACGCCACCCGCGUGCCGCCCCGAGUGUACAUUAAAUUCGGAAUGUCCACUAGAUCGUGCCUGCGUUAACCAGAAAUGUGUUAAUCCAUGCCCUGCUUCGUGUGGAACUUUCGCCACUUGCGUUGUCAGGAACCAUAGUCCAAUUUGUGCCUGCAGAGACUCAUAUACCGGAGAUCCAUUCACUAGAUGUUUCCCCAUCCCACAAGCCUUACCACCAUCCACAGUCGAACCUUCACAACCGUGUUUGCCAUCCCCCUGUGGUCCAAAUUCGGAGUGCCGUGUAGUUAACGGAGGCCCAUCUUGUCAAUGUCUAUCUACAUACAUUGGAAGUCCACCAAACUGUCGUCCAGAAUGUACAGUAAACUCUGACUGUUCACCAAGUCAAGCCUGCAUGAGAGAAAAGUGCAGGGAUCCUUGUCCGGGAUCCUGUGGUUCCAACUCUCAGUGCACGGUGCUCAAUCAUGUUCCUAUAUGUUCCUGCUUCAGCGGAUACACCGGAGAUCCCUUCAGCAACUGUUACCCUGCUCCCGUGACACCAACGGAGCCGUCAGUGGUUGAUCCUUGCGCAUCAUCACCUUGUGGUCCCAAUGCACGUUGUGAAAGUGGAAUCUGUACAUGCCUGACAGACUAUCAGGGUGAUCCAUACGUUGGAUGCCGACCAGAAUGUGUACUGAAUACCGAUUGCGCCCAGAACCGCGCUUGUUUAAGAAACAAAUGCGUCGAUCCAUGCCCUGGUACUUGCGGUCGAAAUGCAGAGUGUCUAGUAUAUAAUCAUGUGCCCAUGUGCAGUUGUCCAAGUGGAAUGGUUGGAAAUGCGUUCGUACUGUGCACUGUCGCUCAAGAUACCGUGAAGGGUAACCCAUGCUCUCCUUCACCUUGUGGACCAAACAGCGUCUGUCGCGAUAUCAAUGGUCAGCCUGUUUGCUCCUGCGUAGCAGGAUUCUUGGGAGCACCACCUACCUGUAGACCGGAGUGUACAGUGAGUUCCGAUUGUCCUCUGACACAAGCCUGUAGCAACCAGAAAUGUGUCAAUCCAUGCUCUGGUACAUGCGGGUUCAGGGCCACCUGCAACGUCGUCAAUCAUAAUCCCAUAUGUGGCUGCCCGCCUGAGCUUACAGGCGACCCAUUUGUCCAAUGUGUCCCGCGACCUCCCGAGCCCGCAGUACCGCAAAAUCCAUGCGAACCCUCUCCGUGUGGACCCAAUGCAGAAUGCAGAGUCGUCAAUGAUGCACCUUCUUGCUCUUGUUUAUCUGAAUACAUAGGCACUCCGCCCAAUUGCAGACCCGAAUGUGGCAGUAAUAGCGAAUGUGCAACUCAUUUGGCUUGUAUCAAUCAGAAAUGCAGAGAUCCUUGUCCUGGAUCCUGUGGGGCAAACGCAGAAUGUCGUGUUGUUAGUCAUACUCCUAUGUGUGCCUGUACGAACGACUAUACCGGCGAUCCCUUCACUCAGUGUACACUUACUCCACCUGUUCCCGUAAAUCUCUCCCCAUGUAGUCCAUCACCGUGUGGUUUCAAUGCGAUAUGCAAAGAACAGAACGGUGUUGGGUCAUGUUCCUGUGCUGCUGAUUACAUCGGCAACCCUUAUGAAGGAUGCCGCCCCGAGUGUGUCGUUGACACUGAUUGUCCAUCUACACUGAGCUGUAUACGUUCCAAAUGUCAAGACCCCUGCCCUGGUACCUGUGGCACUAACGCGCAGUGCAGGGUUAUCAAUCACCGGCCUGCAUGCACGUGCAUUCCGGGUUACACUGGAAAUCCCUUCCAAUACUGCUCCAUAGUGCCCGCAAUAGAGGAUGAGAUGAAGUAUAAGGAUCCGUGCAGUCCUUCGCCUUGCGGACCCAACAGUCAAUGUCGCGUAGUAAACGGACAAGGAGUUUGCACCUGUCUGCCAGAAUUCACGGGCACGCCACCCGCGUGCCGCCCCGAGUGUACAUUAAGUUCGGAAUGUCCACUAGAUCGUGCCUGCGUUAACCAGAAAUGUGUUAAUCCAUGCCCUGCUUCGUGUGGAACUUUCGCCACUUGCGUUGUCAGGAACCAUAGUCCAAUUUGUGCCUGCAGAGACUCAUAUACCGGAGAUCCAUUCACUAGAUGUUUCCCCAUCCCACAAGCCUUACCACCAUCCACAGUCGAACCUUCACAACCGUGUUUGCCAUCCCCCUGUGGUCCAAAUUCGGAGUGCCGUGUAGUUAACGGAGGCCCAUCUUGUCAAUGUCUAUCUGCAUACAUUGGAAGUCCACCAAACUGUCGUCCAGAAUGUACAGUAAACUCUGACUGUUCACCAAGUCAAGCCUGCAUGAGAGAAAAGUGCAGGGAUCCUUGUCCGGGAUCCUGUGGUUCCAACUCUCAGUGCACGGUGCUCAAUCAUGUUCCUAUAUGUUCCUGCUUCAGCGGAUACACCGGAGAUCCCUUCAGCAACUGUUACCCUGCUCCCGUGACACCAACGGAGCCGUCAGUGGUUGAUCCUUGCGCAUCAUCACCUUGUGGUCCCAAUGCACGUUGUGAAAGUGGAAUCUGUACAUGCCUGACAGACUAUCAGGGUGAUCCAUAUGUUGGAUGCCGACCAGAAUGUGUACUGAAUACCGAUUGCGCCCAGAACCGCGCUUGCUUAAGAAACAAAUGCGUUGAUCCUUGCCCUGGUACUUGCGGUCGAAAUGCAGAGUGUCUAGUAUACAAUCAUGUGCCCAUGUGUAGUUGUCCAAGUGGAAUGGUUGGAAAUGCGUUCGUACUGUGCACUGUCGCUCAAGAUACCGUAAAGGACAACCCGUGCUCUCCUUCACCUUGUGGACCAAACAGCGUCUGUCGCGAGAUCAAUGGUCAGCCUGUUUGCUCCUGCGUAGCAGGAUUCUUGGGAGCACCACCUACCUGUAGACCGGAGUGUACAGUCAGUUCCGAUUGUCCUCUGACACAAGCCUGUAGCAACCAGAAAUGUGUCAAUCCAUGCUCUGGUACAUGCGGGUUCAGGGCCACCUGCAACGUCGUCAAUCAUAAUCCCAUAUGUGGCUGCCCGCCUGAGCUUACAGGCGACCCAUUUGUCCAAUGUGUCCCGCGGCCUCCCGAGCCCGCAGUACCGCAAAAUCCAUGCGAACCCUCUCCGUGUGGACCUAAUGCAGAAUGCAGAGUCGUCAAUGAUGCACCUUCUUGCUCUUGUUUAUCUGAAUACAUAGGCACUCCGCCCAAUUGCAGACCCGAAUGUGGCAGUAAUAGCGAAUGUGCAACUCAUUUGGCUUGUAUCAAUCAGAAAUGCAGAGAUCCUUGUCCUGGAUCCUGUGGGGCAAACGCGGAAUGUCGUGUUGUCAGUCAUACCCCCAUGUGUGCCUGUUCGAACGACUAUACCGGCGACCCCUUCACUCAGUGUACACCUACUCCACUUGUUCCCGUAAAUCUCUCCCCAUGUAGUCCAUCACCGUGUGGUUUCAAUGCGAUGUGCAAAGAACUGAACGGUGUUGGGUCAUGUUCCUGUGUUGCUGAUUACAUCGGCAACCCUUAUGAAGGAUGCCGCCCCGAGUGUGUCGUUGACACUGAUUGUCCAUCUACACUGAGCUGUAUACGUUCCAAAUGUCAGGACCCCUGCCCUGGUACCUGUGGCACUAACGCGCAGUGCAGGGUUAUCAAUCACCGGCCUGCAUGCACGUGCAUUCCGGGUUACACUGGAAAUCCCUUCCAAUACUGCUCCAUAGCGCCCGCAAUAGAGGAUGAGACGGAGUAUAAGGAUCCCUGCAGUCCUUCGCCUUGCGGGCCCAACAGUCAAUGUCGCGUAGUAAACGGACAAGGAGUCUGCUCUUGUCUGCCAGAAUUUACGGGGGCCCCUCCUAUGUGCCGCCCUGAAUGUACUUUAAAUUCCGAAUGUCCUCAAGAUCGUGCAUGUGUUAAGCAAAAAUGCGUGAACCCUUGUCCCGCUUCGUGUGGCACUUUUGCAUCUUGCGUAAUCAGGAACCACAGUCCAAUAUGUGCUUGUAGACCAUUAUAUACUGGAGACCCUUUCACAAGAUGUUUCCCUGUGCCACAAUCCUCACCACCUACAGCAGUUGAAACUUCACAACCUUGUUUACCUUCUCCUUGUGGCCCAAAUUCAGAAUGUCGUGUGGUCAGUGGAAGCCCAUCUUGUCAGUGUCGACCAAAUUACGUUGGAAGUCCACCAAACUGUCGGCCAGAAUGUACAGUUAAUUCUGACUGUUCUCCUAGUCAAGCCUGCGUGAGAGAAAAGUGCACAGACCCCUGCCCAGGUUCUUGCGGUUCGAAUGCCCAAUGUAUGGUACUCAGUCACGUUCCUAUAUGUUCCUGCUUUGAAGGAUAUACUGGUGAUCCUUUUAAUGGUUGCAACCUAACUCCCGUUAUGCCAACAGGACCAACUGUUGUUGAUCCAUGUGCAUUAUCGCCUUGUGGCGCUAACGCACGUUGCAAUGAUGGAAUCUGCACUUGUCUACCAGAGUAUCAGGGUGAUCCUUAUGUUGGUUGUCGACCAGAAUGCGUACUAAAUGGGGAUUGUCCUCAAAAUAAGGCUUGUCUAAGAAACAAGUGUGUUGAUCCUUGCCCUGGUACAUGUGGUGUAAAUGCACAGUGUCAAACAUACAAUCAUGUGCCCAUGUGCAGCUGCCCAAGUGGAAUGGUGGGAAACGCCUUCGUUCAAUGCAAUGUUGUACAAGAAACCGAAAAGGAAAACCCUUGCUCUCCUUCGCCUUGUGGACCUAACAGUGUCUGUCGAGAGAUCAAUGAACAAGCAGUCUGCUCGUGUGUGGCAGGAUAUCUAGGUUCUCCACCUACCUGUAGGCCAGAAUGUACAGUCAGUUCCGAUUGUCCUCUAACAGAAGCGUGUAACAAUCAAAAAUGUGUAAACCCCUGUCCUGGUACAUGUGGAUUUAGAGCCACCUGCAAUGUUGUCAAUCACAAUCCUGUAUGUAGCUGUCCAGCUGAUCUCACUGGCAAUCCAUUUGUGCAGUGUGUUCUACGACCACCUGUGCCCGUAGUGCCACAAAAUCCAUGCGAACCCUCUCCAUGUGGUCCAAAUUCAGAAUGUAAAGUCGUAAAUGAUGCACCUUCCUGUUCCUGUUCGCUAGAAUUUAUAGGCACCCCUCCCAAUUGUAGACCCGAAUGUGCCAGUAACAGCGAAUGUCCAAGUCAGAUGGCUUGCAUCAAUCAGAAAUGCAGAGAUCCUUGUCCUGGAUCCUGUGGGGCGAACGCGGAGUGUCGUGUUGUCAGUCACACUCCGAUGUGUGUCUGCCCUGGAGAUUAUACUGGCGAUCCUUUUACUCAAUGUGCACCUAGACCACCUGUCCCCAUCAAUAUUUCUCCAUGCACCCCAUCACCGUGUGGUUUCAACGCGAUAUGCAAAGAACAAAACGGCGUAGGUUCAUGCUCCUGUUUAAUCAAUUAUAUGGGCAAUCCCUACGAAGGAUGUCGUCCAGAAUGUGUGGUUGACACGGAUUGUCCAUCCACAUUGAGUUGUAUACGCUCUAAAUGUCAAAAUCCCUGCCCUGGUACUUGUGGCACGAACACAGAAUGCAGGGUCAUUAAUCAUCGUCCUGCGUGCACGUGCAUUCAAGGUUAUACUGGAAAUCCAUUCCAAUACUGCACCCCCAUUCCACAAAUAGAAGAUGAAACGCAAAAUAAGGAUCCGUGCAACCCUUCACCUUGCGGACCAAACAGUCAAUGUGUCAUCGUAAAUGGGCAAGGUGUCUGCUCUUGCCUGGCUGAAUUCACUGGCACACCUCCCAUGUGCCGUCCCGAGUGUACUUUAAAUUCAGAAUGUCCACAAGAUCGUGCGUGCAUUAACCAGAAGUGUGUUAAUCCAUGUCCUGCCUCUUGCGGAACAUUCGCCACUUGUGUAGUCAGGAACCAUAGUCCAAUCUGUGCGUGCAGAGAAUCAUAUACCGGAGAUCCUUUUACCAUAUGUUUCCCCGCGCCACAAGCUACACCUCCUACAGCAGUCCAAGUUACACAACCCUGUUUGCCUUCACCGUGUGGUCCAAAUUCGGAGUGCCGUGUAGUUAACGGAGGUCCAUCUUGUCAAUGUUUACGAACUUACAUUGGAAGCCCUCCUAGCUGUCGACCAGAGUGUACAGUAAACUCUGACUGUUCCCCUAGUCAAGCUUGCAUGAGAGAAAGGUGCAGAGAUCCUUGCCCAGGUUCUUGUGGUUCCAAUGCUCAAUGUAUGGUCUUGAAUCAUAUCCCAAUAUGCUCCUGUUUCGAAGGAUACACGGGAGAUCCUUUCAGCAAUUGCUAUCCAGCUCCUAUUAAACCAACUGAACCAAAUGUUGUCGAUUCCUGUGCAUCUUCGCCUUGUGGUCCUAAUGCACGUUGCGACAAUGGUGUCUGUACAUGUUUACCAGAGUACCAGGGUGACCCUUAUGUUGGAUGCCGACCAGAAUGCGUAUUAAAUACAGAUUGCCCUUUGAAUCGAGCUUGUAUAAGAAACAAGUGUGUCGACCCUUGUCCUGGAACAUGUGGCUUAAAUGCAGAGUGUCGCGUAUAUAAUCACGUACCGAUGUGCAGUUGUCCAAGUGGAAUGGUUGGAAAUGCGUUUGUUCAGUGCAAUAUCCUACAAGAUACCGUAAAAGGAAACCCAUGUUCGCCCUCGCCAUGUGGACCAAACAGUGUAUGUCGAGAGAUUAAUGGUCAGCCUGUCUGCUCCUGUGUAACAGGCUAUUUAGGAGCACCACCUUCUUGUAGACCAGAAUGUACAGUCAGCUCCGAUUGUCCCUUGACAGAAGCUUGUAAUAAUCAGAAGUGUGUAAAUCCUUGCCCCGGUUCGUGCGGAUUCAGAGCUACUUGCAACGUUGUAAAUCACAAUCCUAUAUGCAGCUGUCCACCUGAACUCUCUGGCGAUCCAUUUGUUCAGUGUGUUCCACGACCACCCGAGCCCGCAGUACCGCAAAACCCAUGCGAACCCUCUCCAUGUGGACCCAAUGCAGAAUGCAGAGUUGUCAAUGAUGCUCCCUCUUGCUCGUGUUUAUCGGAAUUUAUAGGCAGCCCACCCAAUUGCAGACCUGAAUGCGCAAGCAAUAGCGAAUGUCCAAGUCAGUUGGCCUGCGUGAAUCAGAAGUGCAGAGACCCUUGCCCUGGAUCCUGUGGGACGAACGCUGAAUGUCGUGUUGUCAGUCAUACUCCUUUGUGUGUCUGCCCUAGCGAUUAUACUGGAGAUCCUUUCACUCAAUGUUCACCCAAUCCACCUGUCCCUGUCAAUAAGUCUCCGUGCACUCCAUCACCGUGCGGUUUCAACGCGAUAUGCAACGAACAAAACAAUGUAGGAUCCUGUACCUGUUUGGCUGAUUACGUCGGUAACCCUUAUGAAGGAUGUCGCCCCGAAUGUGUCGUUGACACUGACUGUCCAUCCACGCAGAGCUGUAUACGCUCUAGGUGUCAAGAUCCUUGCCCCGGCACAUGCGGCACAAAUGCAGAAUGCAAAGUCAUCAAUCAUCGUCCUGCAUGCACGUGUAUUCAAGGUUAUAGUGGAAAUCCUUUCCAACAUUGCGCAUUGAUACGUGAAAUAGAAGAUGAAACGAAAUACAAAGAUCCGUGCAACCCUUCAUCUUGUGGACCUAACAGUCAAUGUCGUGUAGUAAAUGGCCAAGCUGUUUGCUCUUGUCUGCCAGAAUACACAGGCACGCCUCCAAUGUGUCGUCCCGAGUGUGUUCUGAACUCAGAGUGUCCUCAAGAUCGCGCCUGCGUUAACCAAAAGUGCAUGGACCCGUGUCCCAAUUCUUGUGGCACGUUUGCCACCUGCGUGGUCAAAAGUCACAGUCCGAUCUGUGCUUGCAGAGAAUCAUACACCGGAGAUCCUUUCAUCAGAUGUUUCCCUGCACCACAAGCACUACCACCGACAGCAGUCGAAGCUACACAGCCCUGUUCGCCUUCCCCGUGUGGUCCAAAUUCAGAAUGUCGUGUAGUCAAUGGCGGUCCAUCUUGUCAAUGUCUACCCACUUACAUUGGAAGCCCUCCAAACUGUCGGCCAGAAUGUACAGUUAAUUCUGACUGUUCACCUAGUAAAGCCUGUAUGGGAGAAAAAUGCAGAGACCCAUGCCCAGGUUCUUGCGGUUUCAAUGCUCAAUGUACAGUAUUCAAUCACGUUCCUAUGUGUUCUUGUAUCGCUGGAUACACCGGUGAUCCUUUCAGUCAAUGCAAUCAACUAGUCACUCCUCCAGCUGAACCAACACAGACGGAUUUAUGUAAUCCAUCACCCUGUGGACCUAACGCUAUUUGCAACGACGGAAUCUGUUCUUGCAUGCCCGAUUACUAUGGGGAUUCUACUAUCGGUUGUCGACCAGAAUGUGUACUUAACAACGACUGCCCCCGAAACAAAGCUUGCGUGAGAAAUAAAUGCGAGAAUCCCUGCGUUGGUGCAUGUGCCCCUGAUGCAAUCUGCGACGUGGUUAAUCAUGUUCCAAUGUGCAGUUGUUCUCCUGGUUUCGAAGGAAAUGCCUUUGCAUUCUGUCGUCCAGCUAUAGCCGAACUUCCAUCUAAUCCGUGCAAUCCAUCGCCUUGCGGAUCUAACAGUCAAUGUCGAGUGAAGAAUGGCCAGGCAGUGUGUAGUUGCGUACCAGGUUAUUUAGGAAACCCGCCAAUCUGUCGCCCAGAAUGUGUAGUUAGCUCUGAUUGCCCACCAAACGAGAGUUGUAGUAACCAGAAGUGCAUAAAUCCUUGUGUGGGCUCGUGUGGCUUGGGAGCUCGUUGCACUGUCGCGAAUCGUAAUCCUAUUUGCCACUGUCCUGAAGGAUUCACGGGAGAUCCUUUCAUUAGGUGUCUUCCACUUCCGCCAAUUCAGCCAGAACCGAUAAACGUUUGCCAGCCAUCACCAUGCGGACCCAAUGCUCAGUGCCAAAUAUCAGGAAAUUCACCUUCAUGCAGUUGUUUACCCGAAUUUAUCGGUUCACCGCCAUAUUGCAAGCCAGAAUGCAUUAGUAAUAGCGAAUGCCCUACAAGUUUGGCGUGCAUAAAUCAAAAGUGUCGCGAUCCUUGUCCCGGUUCCUGUGGCGCUAAUGCAGAAUGCAGAAUAAUUAGCCACACGCCUAUGUGCGUUUGCUCUUCGGGUUUCGUUGGUGAUCCAUUUGUACAGUGUACUCCAAAACCAGUUAUUCAAGACCAAGAAAUAGAGAAACUCACCCCUUGCGUACCAUCUCCUUGUGGAUCUAAUGCAGUGUGUAACGAACAAAACGGAGCAGCAUCCUGUAAAUGCAUCACUGAUUAUAUUGGCAAUCCUUAUGAAGGAUGUCGGCCAGAGUGUAUCGUUAACUCCGAUUGCUCGGCUGAUCAAGCUUGUGUUAGAUCCAAAUGUCAGAACCCUUGUCCAGGAUUCUGUGGAUACAAUGCAAUGUGUCAAGUUGUUAAUCAUGUUCCAUUAUGUACCUGUCAAUCUGGAUAUACGGGAGAUCCGUUUGUUCAAUGUAACUUUAUUCAAGCUCCACCGGAACCAGCUGACCCUUGUAAUCCAUCACCCUGCGGUCUGAACAGUCUGUGUCGUGUAUUCAAUGGACAGGCUAUCUGUUCGUGUUCACCUACAUUUUUGGGAUCUCCACCGAUGUGUAGGCCAGAGUGUACGGUCAGCUCAGAGUGUACAACAAACCGCGCUUGCAAGAACCUCAAAUGCGUCGACCCUUGCCCUGGAAUAUGUGGUAUCAAUGCUAGAUGCGAGGCCAUUAAUCACAGUCCGAUCUGCAGCUGUAACGUAGGAUACACCGGCGAUCCCUUCGUUAGAUGUUUCAAAGUUCCAACGGUACCCGAACCAGUGAACCCUUGCGUGCCAUCGCCCUGUGGCCCGUUCUCCGUGUGUCGCGUCGUUGGAAACGCAGACCUACCAAGCUGUACCUGUAUGGACGAUUACAUAGGAACUCCUCCAAACUGUCGACCGCAGUGUACCAUCGAUUCAGAAUGUGCCAGUAACCGAGCUUGCCUCAGACAAAAGUGUACAGAUCCUUGUCCAGGUUCCUGUGGUACUGGAGCAGAAUGUUUAGUAGUGAAUCACAUGGCUGUGUGCACUUGUCCCCAAGGAUUCACAGGCGAUUCAUUUGUCAAUUGUUUCCUAGAAUCUCCUCCUUCACCAACAGCGCCCCAAGAUGCCUGCAACCCCUCACCGUGUGGAUCGAACGCACUGUGUCGCGAUGGUACAUGCACUUGCCUACCAGAAUACCACGGUGAUCCAUAUUACGGAUGUCGUCCAGAGUGUGUUCAGAACCCAGACUGUCCUCUAGACAGAGCUUGCAAUCGUAACAAGUGUUUUGAUCCUUGUACCGGUGUCUGCGGACAGAAUGCCGAAUGCGUGGUGAUAAAUCAUACUCCCAUGUGUAGUUGCCCCGAUGGCAUGUCAGGAAACGCGUUCACAGCAUGUUUCCCAGUGAAAGACCCAGAGAUAGUACAACCUUGCAACCCGUCACCCUGUGGUCCUAAUAGUAGGUGUCAGGACAUCAGUGGACAGGCAGUGUGUUCGUGUGCCCCUGGUUACAUAGGAAACCCACCAGCUUGUCGACCUGAAUGUAUAGUUAACAGUGACUGUCCAUUGAACGAAGCUUGCGUGAAUCUCAAGUGUAGAGACCCGUGUCCUGGAUCCUGUGGAGUAUCAGCUAGGUGUCAGGUCGUCAAUCAUAAUCCUAUUUGCAGCUGUCCUUCAAUAUUCACUGGUGAUCCUUUCGUGCGUUGUUUACCUAAACCUGAAGAACCAGUGCAACCAACCAGCCCGUGUCAGCCAUCACCGUGCGGUCCAAACGCAGUUUGUCAAGUGGUUAAUAAUUCUCCGUCGUGUUCUUGUAAACCAGAAUUUAUUGGUGCUCCGCCAAAUUGCAAGCCAGAGUGUAUAAGUAACAGUGAAUGCGGUAGUCACUUGGCGUGUAUCGAACGUAAAUGCAGAGAUCCUUGCGCCGGUUCUUGUGGUUCGAACGCGGAAUGUCACGUUGUGAAUCAUGUUCCAUCGUGCAUUUGCUCGAAGGACUUCACAGGAGAUCCGUUCGUUCAGUGCAUCGCCAGACAACCGGAGACAACAGUCGCAUCUAGACCCUGUCAACCCUCUCCGUGCGGAGCAAACGCCAUUUGUCGCGAACAGAAUGAUCUUAGUUCCUGUACCUGCUUGCCCGAGUACAUCGGCAAUCCUUACGAAGGAUGUCGACCAGAAUGUACUCGAUCAUCAGAUUGUCCCUCUCAUUUAGCUUGUAUCAGAUUCAAAUGUCAAAAUCCUUGCCCUGGUUCUUGUGGCUCCAAUACCAACUGUCAAGUAGUAAACAAUCUACCUGUGUGCACCUGUAUCCCGCAAUACACUGGCGAUCCAUACGUGAAUUGCGUAUACAAAGCUCCCACAAUCGACGAAGACGAGCGAGACGUAUGCCAACCAUCCCCUUGUGGUCCAAAUAGCCAGUGCCAGAAAGUAAAUGGUCAGGCAGUGUGCUCGUGUCAGCCUCAAUAUGUAGGAACCCCACCGAACUGUAGACCAGAGUGUGUCGUGAAUUCGGAAUGUAACUCGAAUCUCGCGUGUAUUAACCAGAAGUGUAGAGAUCCUUGUCCUGGUACCUGUGGCCGUAACGCACAGUGCAAGGUUGUGCACCACAGUCCGAUUUGCAGUUGUGGAAGUGGUUUGACGGGAGAUCCGUUUGUUUACUGUUUCCCUGCUCCAAUGUCAAAACCGGAAGAGCCGUACCCUAAGGAUCCCUGCACCCCAUCCCCCUGUGGUUCAAACGCCAUGUGCAAGGCUGUUGGAGAAACUCCAGUCUGCACUUGCAUAAACAACUACAUCGGAGUGCCACCAAAUUGUCGACCGCAAUGUUCCAUCAAUUCAGAUUGUACAGCAGACAGAGCUUGCAUUAGAGAGAAGUGUAGAGACCCCUGUCCAGGAUCUUGUGGCGUGAACGCACGCUGUACAGUUGUCAAUCAUACGCCAGCUUGCACUUGUCCCGAAGGAUACACCGGCGAUCCUUUCACCAGCUGCUCACCAACUCCUCCGCCAAUCAUCUCAGAAGCCCCAACAGACCCAUGCAACCCAUCACCGUGUGGACCAAACGCACAAUGCAAUAGUGGUGUAUGCACUUGCCUGCCUGGUUAUCUGGGCGACCCAUACACCAUUUGCCGCCCUGAAUGUGUUAUCAACACCGACUGUUCCCGAAACGAAGCCUGCCUACUGCACAAAUGCAGAAAUCCCUGUGUAGGAACCUGUGGAAUAAACGCAGAGUGCAACGUGAUCAAUCAUCUACCUAUGUGCAGCUGUCCUAGGAACAUGACAGGCAAUGCUUUCGUUUCGUGUAAUCCUAUCCAAGAAACCACCGCAAUUGAUCUAUGCAACCCAUCACCCUGCGGUUCGAACAGCCAUUGUCGUCCUUCCAACGGUCAAGCUGUCUGCAGCUGUGUUACUGGAUUCAAAGGAUCGCCACCAUACUGUAGAGCAGAGUGUAUUGUUAGCACAGAUUGCCCUCGAAACAGAGCUUGCAGUAACCAAAAAUGCAUCGACCCUUGUCUCGGUGCUUGUGGAUUGUCUGCUCAGUGUUCCGUGAUUAAUCAUAAUCCUGUUUGUAGCUGCUUCGAGCAGUAUACCGGAGAUCCAUUUGUUCAGUGUGUCCCACAAAUAAAAGAGCCAGAUACCCCGAUAAAUCCUUGUCAGCCAUCGCCUUGUGGUCCAAACGCUCAAUGCCAAGUCACCAACAACGCACCCUCGUGUUCUUGUCUUCCUGAAUUCGUAGGAGUCCCACCAUAUUGCAAACCCGAGUGUCUGAGUAAUACAGAAUGUUCAGCGCAGCAGGCUUGCAUCAAUCAGAAAUGCGCGGAUCCUUGCCCUGGCUCUUGUGGCAGGAACACAGAGUGCAGGACGAUUAGUCAUACCCCUAUGUGCACUUGUGCAAGCAAUUUCACUGGGAACCCGUUCGUACAAUGUACACCCCAACCAAUCGAAGAUAGACCACAAAAACUCAACCCCUGCCAGCCAUCUCCCUGUGGCCCGAACGCCAUUUGUCGCGAAUCAUACGGUACAGCUCGGUGCACCUGUUUACCUGACUUCUAUGGAAACCCAUACGAAAAUUGUAGGCCAGAGUGUAUUAUCAAUGCCGAUUGUCCAUCUAACCGAGCCUGUAUAAGGAACAAGUGUCAAGAUCCCUGUCCAGGAACCUGUGGCUUUAACGCCGAUUGCCAAGUGGUGAAUCACAUUCCAAUUUGCAGUUGUAGCUCAGGUUACACUGGAGAUCCAUUUACAGCUUGCAGCAUACUUAAACAACCCCCUGCGACAAGUCUGACGAAUCCCUGCGAACCUUCACCCUGUGGACCAAACAGUAAGUGCGCCAAUGUGAAUGGUCAAGCCACUUGUUCUUGCCUUCCCGAUUUCAAAGGCACACCACCAGGAUGUAGGCCCGAGUGUGUUGUUAGCACAGAAUGUGCUAGCAACAGAGCUUGUGUGAAUCAGAAAUGCGUUGACCCUUGCCCUGGAGUUUGUGGGAUAAACGCGAGAUGCGAAGUUUUCCACCACAGUCCCAUUUGCAGCUGCGAUCCUCGCCAGACGGGAGAUCCGUUUGUAAAGUGUUUCGAUGUGACCACACCAAGUCUGCCUGUGCCUGUAAACCCAUGCGUUCCAUCACCCUGCGGCCCAUUCUCUCAAUGCCAAGAUAUAGGAGGCAUUCCAUCCUGCUCCUGUUUGCCCAAUUACGUUGGCUCAGCCCCCAACUGUCGACCAGAAUGUUCGAUUAAUUCCGACUGUACCAGUGACAAGGCUUGCAUCAGAGAAAAGUGUAGAGACCCGUGUCCCGGAUCCUGUGGAACGAACGCAUAUUGCAAUGUGAUUAAUCAUACACCUGUUUGCACUUGUCCUACAGAUUACACGGGAGAUCCCUUCACCAGUUGCCGCCUAACGCCCACACCUGUACUCCCAGUCUCAGUAGACCCGUGCAAUCCAUCGCCUUGCGGUCCGAACGCGUUAUGCCGAAAUGGCGUGUGCAGCUGCAUAAGCGAAUAUCGUGGUGAUCCGUAUCAAGGUUGUCGACCAGAAUGCGUGCAGAAUUCCGAUUGCACGUUUGAUAGAGCUUGCUCCAACAAUAAAUGCGUGGACCCUUGCACUGGAAUCUGUGGACAGAAUGCUGAGUGCGUUGUGGUUAACCAUAUUCCCACUUGUAGUUGCGUUGAGAAUCACGAGGGAGAUCCAUUUACCCUCUGCAGACCUAUUAGAAAACGCGUGAAACCCUGCGAACCUUCGCCCUGUGGACCCAACAGCGUUUGCCGCGAGUUUGGCGAACAAGCUUCUUGUUCCUGUCUCUCUGGAUAUUUUGGAACUCCACCCAGCUGUAGACCCGAAUGUUUGGUGAACUCUGACUGCGAACAGAGCAGAGCUUGCGUGAACGAACGCUGUCAGAACCCAUGUGAAAACGUAUGCGGUCAAGGCGCAUUGUGUAACGUACGAAACCAUAAUCCCAUUUGCAGUUGCCCCGCACAGUAUUCCGGUGACCCAUUUGUCAGCUGUUUCCCCAUGAAACCGCAGUACGAAGAACCCAGCCAGGACCCAUGCAAACCCUCGCCGUGUGGACCAAACUCCCAAUGCACAGUAUCACCAGACAAUAAAGCCUCUUGCGCCUGUAUGCCUGAAUUUGUAGGCUCUCCUCCCAAUUGUAGGCCAGAAUGUCUCGUGAACAGCGAGUGUCCCAGCAAUCAAGCUUGCGUUAGACAGAAGUGUACCGAUCCCUGUACAGGACUCUGCGGCACUGACGCUCUCUGCCAAGUUACCCUGCAUUACAUCCGUUGCGUGUGUCCCGAGGGAUACACUGGAAACCCAUUCGCUAUUUGUUCCGUGGCCAGCACGCCUGUAGAACCACCGACACCUUCGAGACCGUGCAGUCCUUCACCGUGUGGAACUAACGCGUAUUGUCGCGAGAGACACAAUACUGCAUAUUGCGAGUGUCUGCCAGAUUUCAGGGGAAAUCCGUAUGAAGGCUGUCAACCAGAGUGUUUGGUGAACACUGACUGUCCGAAAUCCCAGGCUUGUAUUCGAACCAAGUGCCAAGAUCCUUGUCCCGGUACUUGUGGCGUUGGAGCCAUUUGUACUGUGUCCAAUCAUAUUCCGAUUUGUUCCUGUCCUUUACCUACUAUCGGAGACGCGUUCACCAUCUGUCAUGCUGUUCCUCAAGUACCAAAGGAAAGAGAUCCUUGCUCACCAUCUCCAUGUGGACCUAACACAAUUUGCCAAAAAAUCGGCGACUCGGCAGUCUGCAAGUGUUUGCCCGGUCUUCAAGGAGUUCCUUCGAGUGUCACAGGCUGUCAUCCAGAGUGUGUGAUCAGCUCAGAUUGUCCAGGAGACAAGGCUUGCAUCGGCAACAAAUGCAUAAAUCCUUGCACGCAAAACGUGUGUGGUAUCAAGGCUACGUGUCAAGCUAUCAAUCACAGUCCCCUCUGCAGCUGUACAUCUCCGUUGAUCGGCAAUCCAUUCGAAGAAUGUUACACCAAAAUUGAAACCGAUCCUUGUAAUCCAUCUCCGUGCAGCUAUAACGGUGAAUGUCAAGUCAGAAACGGCGUUGCAGCGUGCAUUUAUCCGGAAUGUGUCAUUAAUUCCGACUGUCCACGAGACAAGGCUUGCUUCGCCCAGAAAUGCAGAGACCCUUGCAUCGGUUCUUGUGGUAUUAAUUCACUGUGUCAGACGGUCAACCACAAGCCUGUCUGCUCCUGUCCGUCUGGAUUUACUGGCAACGCUCGCAUACAGUGCACCGUUCUAACAGUCGAAGAACCAACUGCAGAGUGCACUCAGAACUCCGACUGUCCAAACGACAAGACUUGUUACAAUCAAAAAUGCGUCGAUCCUUGCACACUGGAUUCCUGUGGCUUCAACAGUCGUUGUCACGUACAAAUGCAUCGAGCUGUCUGUGUCUGCAACGAAGGCUUCACUGGCAAUCCUCAACAAUACUGUGGCGAAAUUGGUUGUCGCGGUGACAGCGACUGUCCAUUGACUCAAUCUUGCAUCAACAACGAGUGCAUAGAUGCCUGCUCUGUGACACAGUGCGGUGUGAAUGCAUUCUGCAGAUCCGAUGGAUACCAUAGGCCAAGAUGCUACUGUUCUGAUGGAUACUUAGGAAAUCCGUACCAAGCAUGCGAGAGACCAGAGUGUGUUAGUGACAACGACUGUCCAUCGUCUUUAGCCUGUCGCGAUUCAAAAUGUGUAAACCCUUGCGAUUGUCCACCAUCAGCGCAAUGUUUCGUGAUUAAUCAUCGUCCUAUUUGUCGAUGCCCUCCGGGUUACGUGGGUAAUCCAUAUACCUCGUGUCUAAUGGAACCGAUCGAACCACAGCCACAGUGUCAAGUAGAUGGAGAUUGUCCCAGCAAACUGGGCUGUUUCAAUGGCGUUUGUAAAGAUCCGUGUGUCGAAACCAAACCUUGCAUCGCUGGGGCGAAAUGUACCGUCGUAGACACUUUACCAAUGAGAACCAUGGUCUGCGAAUGUUUGCAAAACUUUGCUGGAGACGCGACCGUCGCUUGUAUUCCCGUGGACAAACAGAUCGAAGCCAUUUGUAAAUCCGACACCCAAUGCUCUUCCAACAUGGCCUGUCUGAAUGAAAGAUGUAUCAAUCCGUGCAUUAUCAAUCCAUGUGCUUCAAAUGCAGAGUGUUCUGUCCAAAAUCAUUAUCGACAGUGUCAUUGCUCGCGUGGCACCGCAGGCGACCCAUUCGUAAAUUGUUAUAGAGACACUGACUCGUUCCCGGAGUGUACAACGAACGCAGAUUGCGCGACCAACGAGGCUUGCAUUAGCCAGCUAUGUCAGAGUCCAUGUGUCAGCACGCAAUGUGGUUUGAACGCGGAAUGUAUCACUGUCAAUCAUCAUCCGACCUGUCGCUGCCAGCAGAACUACGCGGGAGAUCCUCAAGUGCAAUGUUUCAAACCCGAGUGCAAGUCAGAUAGCGAUUGUCCUUACGACAAGACCUGUCUGCGCGACAAUUGUGUCACCCCUUGCCUGGUUGGAGAUAUCGCGUGCGGUCGUGGCGCAGAAUGUAUCGCGGUCUCUCACAGGGCGCAAUGCGUCUGUCCACGAGGUACCCAAGGCGACCCAAGAAUCGCCUGCAUUUCCACAGUGUGCCAUUACAACGAGGAUUGCGCAGAUCACGAAGCCUGCGAUAGGUUGAACAGAGUCUGUCGACCAGUUUGCGAGGAAGAUACUUGCGCGGAUAAUGCGAAUUGCGUCGCGAGAAAUCAUCAGCCUAAGUGCACUUGUCCUCUGGGAACUACUGGAAAUCCAUAUGUUGAGUGCAGUGGUGUGCCAAUUGAAGCAGAGUGCAAAGAAGACAGCGAAUGUCCAGCAUAUUUCGCAUGCAUCAACUCAAAAUGCCAAGAUCCUUGCUUAUCCUCUAACAUGUGCUCUGGUGAACAAGAAUGCAAAGUACUGAACACGGUGCCUCUUCGUACGAUGAUCUGCACUUGCCCUGCAAACACUAUCACCGACGUAAAUGGACUGUGCAAGGAAAUCGGAGUCCUGCAGUGCCACCAAGAUCAGGACUGCAACGAUUCUGACAAGUGUGUGGGUGGAACUUGCAUCGAGGCUUGUCUGACCACUCAGUGUGGAGUGAAUGCCCAAUGUGUGGCAAAUGGAAUCUGUCAUUGCGCGCCUGGAUUUACUGGCAAUCCUUACAUCGAGUGCGGUAGACUUCCAAUACCACUGCCACCAGUUCGUCCAGAAUGCUACGCCAACAGCGAGUGCUCCGACGACAAACGGUGCAUAAAUUCUCUCUGCGUGAAUCCUUGCGUUGUCGAGGACCCAUGCGGCAGAAAUGCACUAUGUCACGCGAACAAUCACAAUCCAGUCUGUAGAUGUCCUGCCAACUACAUUGGUGAUCCAAGAAGCAACUGUGUUCCACCGGAAAUUGUAGCCGAAUGUACUUCGAACAGCGAUUGUGCGGGUAACGCUGCCUGUGUAAACAACUUGUGCAUCAAUCCUUGCAAUUGUGGUCCGAACGCCAAGUGCAACGUCGUAGAUCAUUAUCCAUCCUGUGUCUGUCCGCCUGGUUAUUCUGGAAAUCCUCAACUAGGUUGCUUCAAAUUGGACUGUGAAUCGGACAGUGAAUGCAACAGCGCAGCAACGUGCUACAAUGGCCAAUGCGUGAAUCCUUGCAUCCUGGAGAACAAGUGUGCGAUAAACGCAGAAUGUUACGGCCAAAACCAUCGAGCCAUUUGUCGUUGCGGUCCAGGUUAUCUAGGCAAUCCGGAAGUGCAUUGUGAAAGAGUGGAAUGCAGUGCUGACCACGAUUGUCCUCGAAAUUUAGCCUGCGACAGCGGACGCUGCGUUAGUCCUUGUCUAGAAGAUUCACCGUGUGCUCAAAACGCAAUCUGCUACGUUCAGGAUCACGUGGCCACCUGCCGUUGUCCAGAGAAUAUUCCUGCUGGAAAUCCAUAUUCCUAUUGUACACAUCAUCCCACGAUAACAUUCGACGAACCAGAAUGUAGAAUCGAUAUUGAUUGCGCUGACAAAUUGGUGUGCAUUAAAAAUAAGUGUAUCGACCCCUGUCCAGUGAUCAAACCAUGUCUGCAGAAUGCACGUUGCAACGUUUUGGACACUGUGCCCGUGAGAACCAUGACGUGCACGUGUCCCGAAGGUUGGACCACUGACGUUGACGGCGUUUGUAGACCAAUCCAAAUAGCAAUAAUCGGCACUUGCACGACAAACGAUGAGUGCAGCGACACAGAGUCCUGCAUCAACAGACAAUGCAGGAACCCUUGUAACUGCGGUACCAAUGCUGCGUGCAUCGUACGAAAUCACAAACCGAUCUGCUCUUGCGAAGAAGGCUACCAAGGCAACCCGGAUAUCGCUUGCUAUUCCGUAGAGUGCACGCGCGACAGCGAAUGUGCUCUAGACAAGAGUUGCGUGAACAACAACUGCGUGAAUCCUUGCCUAAUCUCUGAUAACUGUGGAGUAAACGCAGAAUGCUUCCCCAACAACCAUAAAGCUGACUGUCGAUGCCGUAACGGUUAUCAUGGAAAUCCUUUGGAUCGAUGCAGAGUAAUCGGUUGCUACAGCAAUGGCGACUGUCCUGGAGACCAUUCCUGUAUCAAUAUGCAGUGCAUCAAUCCUUGCGUUCAUAACAAUCCUUGCUCGUCCAGAGCCGAAUGCAGAGUCUUUAAUCAUCUACCCAUUUGUCGUUGUCCACCUCAUCAUACAGGCAAUCCUUACAUCGCUUGUAAACCGGAAGAAAGACCAGAGUGUAAAGAGGACAGUGAUUGUCCUAAUUUGUUGGCCUGCUUUGAUAAUAAAUGCCAGAAUCCUUGCACUGUCGUGCAACCCUGCAGCGAUCCAUCAGAAUGCAAAGUCCUUCCGACGUCCCCGGUUCGAACGAUGGUCUGUGUAUGUCCUAGUGGAUACGUGAGCAGCGGCAGCGGAACUUGUAGACCCACGAAACCGAUUUUGGAGAUUGAAUGUACUAACGAUAGCGACUGUCCUUCAGAAAAGUCCUGUGUUAACGCGGUGUGCAAGAAUCCUUGUGCCUGCGGCCCCAAUGCGAAGUGUAGCGUUGCAAAUCACAAACCAAUUUGCUCUUGUGUUCUGGGAUACGAUGGAAAUCCUGACUUGGCUUGCACUAAAGUCGCCGGAUGCCGCACAGAUAGUGACUGCAGCGGAUCACACGCGUGUGUCCAGCACAACUGUGUUCCAGUCUGUUCUCCAUUAAUCACCACCUGCGGAAAAGACGCUCAGUGCAAUGGUAUCAACCACAAAGCUAUUUGCGAGUGUCCACCAGGAUAUGGAGGCAAUCCUAGAGUUUCCUGUGUCCUUCUUGGUUGCAAGAGUAACUCUGAUUGUCCCACGAACAAAGCUUGCAUUAACGAGCGCUGCGAGAAUCCUUGUGGAAUAAAUCCUUGCUCCGGGAACAUGGAUUGUAACGUCUAUAACCAUGUAGUCGAGUGUGCUUGUCCUCCCGGUUACAUCGGAGAUACUAAAGUGGGAUGUACUAAACUGACAGAGAAAUGCAAGGCGGAUAACGAAUGUCCAUCUCAGACCGCCUGCUUCAAUGGCGAGUGCAUCAAUCCUUGCGUGAAGAUCGAACCUUGUGGAAUAAACGCGGAUUGUAAAGUACUCGACACGUCUCCUGUAAGAACCAUGAUCUGUGAAUGUAUUCCUGGAUAUAGAGGAAACGCAGUCGUCCGCUGUGACAAAACCAACGUAUGUCCAGUAGAAAAGGGUCAAAUUCUCGAUGAGUAUGGCAAUUGUGUAUGUCCACCUGGAUCAGCUAAGGAUGAAACAGAAGUUUGUAUACCGUGUAGGAAACAAUCUGGAAUGAUCAUCAAUGAUGAAGGAUACUGUGUGUGUGCUUUGGAAAACGGUAUGAUCAUCGAUGAAUAUGGUCGCUGUGUGUGUCCGAUUCAUCAUGGAUACAGACUGGACGGGAAUGGAUAUUGCAAAUUGGUUGACAUAAUCGAGUGCAAACACGACGAUGACUGUGCUGAUAACAGAUUCUGCGAUAAAACCAGCCAAACAUGUGAAGAUCCUUGUUCAACUCAAUUAUGUGGUCUUUAUGCACUCUGUAAUGCAACUCGUCAUCAAGCUAUUUGCAUAUGCAUCAAUGGUUAUAUUGGAAAUGCUUAUACUCAAUGCUAUGACAAGAACCGAUGGCGAACCGAUUUCCCCAGACCAGAGAUGGUUGUUAGCUGUUUAUCGGAUGGGGUACAAGUCGAAAUACAUCUUCACGAUCAGGAAUUCGAUGGUGUUCUAUAUGUCAAAGGUCACAGCAAAGAUGAGCAGUGCAGGAGGGUUGUUUCCAUUCCAGCAGAAACUAUGCACAAAACCGAGAUAUUCAAGGUGGCGUUUGGAAAUUGCGGAUUGAUACAUGUAAACGGACAAGCAAGUUUCGUACUGGUCAUACAAAAGCAUCCGAAAUUGAUGACAUACAAGACUCAAGCAUACCAUAUCAAAUGCAUAUACCAAACUGGAGAACAAAACGUCACCCUGGGUUUCAAUGUCUCCAUGUUAACUACAGCUGGCACCAUUGCUAACACUGGUCCUCCACCAGUCUGUCUGAUGAAGAUCGUUACUCAAAGCGGAAAUGAAAUAAACUCUGCUGAAAUUGGAGAUAAUUUGAUGUUGCAAGUCGAAGUUCAGCCUUCAACCAUUUAUGGUGGAUUUGCCAGAAAUUGUGUGGCCAAAACGAUGGAAGACAAUUUGGAGAACGAAUACAUUGUAACAGAUGAGAACGGCUGCGCGACGGAUCCGACGAUAUUCGGAGAAUGGGAGCAGGAUCCUGAAACUCAGACGUUAAUGGCCAGCUUCAAUGCUUUUAAAUUCCCAAGCAGUGACAAUAUUCGAUUCCAGUGCAAUAUCCGUGUGUGCUUUGGACGUUGUCAACCCGUCAAUUGUCGAGGAUACAACGCGUUCGGUCGUCGCCGUCGAGACGUGAGUUCCGAGACAAAUGAUACGUCUUUAAGCAUCACAGACGGCUUUGAAGGACAACUUAGAGAAGAAAUAACGAUCCAGUCGAAUCUGAUAUUCACUCUGGAGAGGAGAGAAGAGAGGUUUACAGCAGAUCCAGCUGAGAUCACCUCAGCUCAAAGAGUAGAAGACAUUUGCGUUUCUACGGUCGGCUUUGUGAUAGCACUAGUAAUUACAGCACUCUUGGCACUAGUCGCUGUAGCUAUUGCUGUGUCGUGCUGGCUAAUGGCGUAUCGUCGCCAGCCAAAGACUGCUGGACCACUGCCACACCCACCAGAGUUCCCAAAUCCACUGUUCACUACUGAGUCCGUAGCUGAACCGUCUCCUGAUUAUCACCUAUCAUAAGUACUCUAGGAUAAUUAUUCUUUUGUAACGUAAUUUUAUAAUUCUCAAUGGAAUGCAGUACAGACCACAUCACUUUUUUUCUCGCUGGUCGGUCUUGUAUUUCUUUCAACGACUCCUCCAGUGACUCUUUCUAGACUCUUCCGUUAUCUUCCUCUCGGGGGUUCAUACCGAGCGUGUUGUACGUUUAUUGUUACAUACGAGUACCCUGAAUCAAGUUAUACAUAAAUAUACAUAGAUAGUUAGAUCAGAGCGCGUGCGAGAGAGAAACGUUUACUAUUUAUGGUGAUGGUUAGCUUCCAUUAUCUACACAAUAGAACUUUGUCUUCCGACGUAUUCUCUUGUCUUCUGUACCUUUGCUCUUCUCUUCCUGUAGUCACUGGAGGAUUUGUUAAGCAUGAUACAGCGAAUUUAAUUCCCGUGUAAAGUCGAACGAAUUAGUCUAAUAUAGCUUUCUUACUUCGUGCGUAGGUAACUGUACAUUUUAUCUAAUAAAAUGCUAAUGUAAUAUUUUUAAAA